UCCUCUAGGUCUGCCAGAGUUGCUGAAUCUCUAUUUCACAGGUAUACAGUAUAAUAUAUAACCUCUAUGGCUGUAGUUUAGAGAGGAGGGCAUUCAUACUCCUCUCCUCCUCCUCUCCUCUUCUUCACCUCUCCACCUCCUCCUCUCCUCUUCUUCACCUCUCCACCUCCUCCUCUCCUCUUCUUCACCUCUCCACCUUCUCCUCUCCUCCUCCUCUCCUCCUCUUCUCCUCUGCCUCCUCCUCCUCCUCCUCAUCUCCUCCUCUCCGCCUCCUCUCCUCCUCUGCAUCCUCCUCUCCUCCUCCUCCUCCACCUCCUCCUCUCCUCCUCCUCCUCCUCUCCUCAUCCUCCUCCUCUCCACCUCAUCCUCUGGCUCCUCCUCUGCCACCUCCUCUGCCUCCUCCUCCUCCUCCUACUCCUCCACUCCUCCUCCUCCUCUCCACCUCCUCAUCUGCCUCCUCCUCUGCCUUCUCCUCCUCCUCCUCCUCCUCCUCCUCUUCUCAUCUCUCCACCACCUCCUCUGCCUCCCUCCUCCUCCUCCUCCUCCUCCUCCUCCUCUUCUCAUCUCUCCACCACCUCCUCUGCCUCCUCCUCCUCCUCCUCUUUUCCACCUCUCCACCUCCUCCUCUUUCUUUCUGCUCCUCUUCCUCCUCCUCUUCUCACUCAAUCAUGAUUGUUCUGUUCUCCACCAUACCUUUAUUUCACCCCCCUCUCCACCACUUCACUGAUCCCACUUGACUGGGCUCUCUCCUCCUCAAUCAAUCUGUUUCUUAUGGGUCUAUCCAGGAGAUAUAUUAUUUAUCCUCUCUCUCUCUCUCUCUCUCUCUCUCUCUCUCUCUCUCUCUCUCUCUCUCUCUCUCUCUCUCUCUCUCUCCCUUCCCAAUCCUUAAAGUGAACCAUGGUUCUAUCAUAACACCUUUCUAUGGUGCUGGGUGUCUUUCUGUCCUCACUGAUACUGUACCUACUGUAUGUUGGGCUGUCUCUGUCUGUGUCUGUGAGGUGGCUAAAUACACCUCUUCUCCAUUAUCUUCAUUCUGUCUGUGUCUGUGAGGUGGCUAAAUACACCUGUUCUCCAUUAUCUUCAUUCUGUCUGUGUCUGUGAGGUGGCUAAAUACACCUGUUCUCCAUUAUCUUCAUUCUGUCUGUGUCUGUGAGGUGGCUAAAUACACCUCUUCUCCAUUACCUUCAUUCUGUCUGUGUCUGUGAGGUGGCUAAAUACACCUCUUCUCCAUUACCUUCAUUCUGUCUGUGUCUGUGAGGUGGCUGAAUACACCUGUUCUCCAUUACCUUCAUUCAGUAAGUACAGCACGUGGACUAGGAGAAGUUCAGUGGCCUAGAUAGAAGUGGUCCCGUAGGUUGUGGAGAAUCCACCAAAGUGCUUUCUGGUUUGAGGGCAUAUCUCCAACACGUACUGUCACACACACACACACACAUGCUUAUGUACACAAGCACACACGACUGCGUGGAACAGUAAUGUUGAAGUUCAGAGAAACCUGAGGUGAUCCUCAAGAGCUCUUUGUGUUCUUUGAUGUGUUCUGACUUAUUCCUUUGUUGCAUUGCGUUUCACUUCUUCACUUCCUUUCGCUCUCAUUCCCUGUACCUGCUGUCAUGCGUGUUAUCCACCUGAAAUGACCUCAUUCUGCACCUUUCACAUUGUGUAACUAUGAUAUUCACACCAGCCCAAGCUGAAACCCAUUGAAACCCAUUCACACGGUGAUUGUUUUGAUUUGUUUUGAGUUGCUAUUUAGUGACAAUUAGUUCCCCGCAGAGUGAAUGUAGCUACAGUAUGCGUAUCACCUUUUAAGAUUUAUAAUGCAUUAAAGUUCUUUAAUUACUCUCCUUAGAGAAAUAAAUUAUGUUUUUUAAUAUUCAUACAUUUAGUGAGUCAACACCCUUUAAAACGUCACUCUCUAGGGGACUAAGAAACCAAUUAGCCAUAGAAGUAUGUUUGUGUGUGUAUGUACAUGUGUGCGUGUGUGUGUGCCUCUGUAACGCCUGCCUGUGUGGGUGUGUGUGUGUGUGUGUGUGUAUCUAACUCCUGUGUGUGUAUGUGUUCCAGUGUCGGACGGGGAACACACCACUCCAGAGAUGGACUUUUCCAUCCACUUGUUGGCCAACCACCAGCAGCCCCCAGUGUUUCAGAUCCUUGACCCUGUUCUGGAGGUUAGCAUGGGGGGACGAACACCCAUAGGUAAGACUAACCCCACGACCCUCGUCCACCCACACCCUCGGCUACAGGGCGUAUGGGCAUCGGGCGUAUAUUGCAUCACUUGCCACUUACCAGGUUGUCAUUGUAAAAAAAUAAUUUGUUCUUAGGGGUACACAAAAAAGAAAAAAAAGAAUAAAGAACUAAUAAAUAUUGAAUGUCUCAUUAGUUCAGGUAUCCUAAAGAAUGAUGCAUUACCAUUGAUAUUACAAACAUAUGGUAAAUCAUUGGUAUGCAACGUGACUUUCAUCCUCAAUGUCGCUCACAAUACUUGGUGUAGGUGGGCAGCAGCUGGCAGUAACUGAUGCAGACACGGCUCCUGAUGAGUUGGAGUUUGAGCUGGUGGAAGGACCGGUCCAUGGAACCCUGGUCAAGAUGGAGUUGGACUCACAGACUGAGAUGAUGAAUGGUGAGAAGUAGAGUCGAUACAGACCAAUACAAUAUUACACAGAAAAGUCAAAGUGUCACCAAAUUUCUAUAACGACUUUGCAUAGCACAUGUUCUGAAUUCUCACACAUCCGCAGAAAACUGUUUUAUUUUGUGUAACAGAAUGAUAAAGAAGUACAAGAUGAGAAGGGGGGGGGGGGGGGGGGGGGGUCUGUGCUAAGACCAGUACCAGUAGAUAGUUAGACCAGUAGAUAGUUAGACCAGUAGAUAGUUAGACCAGUAACAGUAGAUAGCUAAACCAGUAACAGUAGGUAGCUAGACCAGUAACAGUAGAUAGUUAGACCAGUAGAUAGUUAGACCAGUAGAUAGUUAGACCAGUAGAUAGUUAGACCAGUAGAUAGUUAGACCAGUAACAGUAGAUAGCUAAACCAGUAACAGUAGGUAGCUAGACCAGUAGAUAGUUAGACCAGUAGAUAGACCAGUAGAUAGUUAGACCAGUAGAUAGUUAGACCAGUAACAGUAGAUAGUUAGACCAGUAACAGUACAUAGCUAAACCAGUAACAGUAGGUAGCUAGACCAGUAGAUAGUUAGACCAGUAGAUAGUUAGACCAGUAGAUAGUUAGACCAGUAGAUAGUUAGACCAGUAGAUAGCUAAACCAGUAACAGUAGGUAGCUAGACCAGUAGAUAGUUAGACCAGUAGAUAGUUAGACCAGUAGAUAGUUAGACCAGUAGAUAGUUAGACCAGUAGAUAGCUAAACCAGUAACAGUAGGUAGCUAGACCAGUAGGUAGCUAGACCAGUAGAUAGUUAGACCAGUAGAUAGUUAGACCAGUAGAUAGUUAGACCAGUAACAGUAGAUAGUUAGACCAGUAGAUAGUUAGACCAGUAAGAAUAACAUAAUUGUAUUAUUUCUUUAACAGACUGAUUCAACUCCUUUGUCCCUCCAGGUGACACGUUCUCCUUCAGUGACGUGACCCGUAAUGUUCUGCAGUAUGAACACUCCGGCCUCUCCACGGACGAGGACGCCAUCACCUUCACCGUUACCGAUGGCUUCUCCAUGACAACGGCGGUGGUACAGGUGGUUGUGUUGGGCGUCGGGGGCGACGGGCCCAGGAGAGACCCAGAGGCCCUGCUGUCCAUGGAGGUUCCUGAAAAAAGUAGCAGUGUCAUCAGACGUACACACCUGGGUUAUACGGUUAGUACAAACACACACACACAAGCACUCCUGCUCUAAACUCUUGACUGAAGCUCAGAGUUAGAAGUGUGGAUGACACACACGGGACACACACGCUAUGGGUAUCCAUAUCUGGACCCCCCGUCUGAAUGGUUCUUCUGGUUUCUGUUCACCCAUGAUCGUAAUAUUAUGUAGUGUAGUCCAGCUCCUUCCAUUAUGGUCAUGACUUAUUGAACCCUCUUUAUAGUGACUCUGGUUGCUGUGUUUAAGUGCUGUAGAUACUGUACGUUCCACCACAGCUUCACAUAAUAAUCGGCAUAUAUUUUUUUAAUAGUUGACGUAUUAUGAAAUACGUGAUCAUAUUUUGCAGAGCGACACCUCUCCAGAUGAGCAGAUCCGUAUUCAGCUGGUGUCGGUUCCUAUGUACGGCAUCCUGACCAGGACAGGGUCCGACUCAGACCACCAGGAGAUGACGGAGUACUCCUCUUUCACCAUGGACGACAUCAACAAACAUAGGAUCAGGUAGAGCCAUCUAAAACUAAGGGUGCAUCUAAAGUAAUAUAUAGUAAUCUAUAGUAAUCCAUAGUCAUCCAUAGUCAUCUAAAGUAAUAGUAGUAAUCUAUAGUAAUCUAUAGUAAUCCAUAGUCAUCUAAAGUAAUCUAUAGUAAUCUAUAGUAAUCUAUAGUAAUCCAUAGUCAUCCAUAGUCAUCUAAAGUAAUUUAUAGUAAUCUAUAGUAAUCUAUAGUAAUCCAUAGUCAUCCAUAGUCAUCUAAAGUAAUCUAUAGUAAUCCAUAGUCAUCUAAAGUAAUCUAUAGUAAUCUAUAGUAAUCUAUAGUAAUCCAUAGUCAUAUAAAGUAAUCUGUAGUAAUCUAUAGUAAUCCAUAGUCAUCUAAAGUAAUCUAUAGUAAUCCAUAGUCAUCUAAAGUAAUCUAUAGUAAUCCAUAGUCAUCUAAAGUAAUCUAUAGUAAUCCAUAGUCAUCUAAAGUAAUCUAUAGUAAUCUAUAGCUUCCUCUCUUUGUUCGCUUAUACUUUAGCUGCACUGAUCUGUAAAGAGCUGGACAGGUUGAAAGUCAAUUCUGUUGUACACUUCACAUUCUGGUAUCCAUUCCUACCAGCUCCUUUGUUGUUAUUGCAGUAAUUAUUGAGACGAUUUGUUCUGCCGUGUAGAUAUUUAUUUCUAAUUCAUUUUGAUUUUAUUGGUCCAGGUUAUUUAAUUGAGAGCAAUUCUCAUUUUAGGCCUAAAGUAGCGAGCUAGCUGAGAGGUUUUUGUAAAAGUAAUGGCUUCUUUCUACCAUCCACUCCUUAGACUGUAACUACUAUAAAAAUAUCAAUAUUCUCCCUGUGAGGCUUUGGGAAAUCCUCGCUACAAAUUAGAAACGGCAGAAAAAAGAUUGGGUGUUUUAGCGACGAUAUGGGAAAGGCACAAACAGUUUAGCUCAAUUAGCAUGUCUAAUUAGCGAACGUUAAAUACCAACCACCUGCAAGACACACACACACACACACACACAUACACACACACACACACACACACACACACACACACACACACACACACACACACACACACACAAAAUGAAAACCAGGCAUCGAAAUGAAAACAAAAUAUUAGGCCUAGGGACUUCAUCCCCAUAAUGUGCCUCUGAUUAGCUUUGGUGCUAAUUAACACGCUAGGCUAAUAUUGUACGAAACAUCUCUGGGGCUUUGGGUUUAAAUCACUUGUAUUAGUUAAGCUUGGCAGACUGCCUCUCUGUGUUGUAACACAUACACCUCUGUUUUAUAGAGAAUUAGAAAAUAUUAUAUUUCAUUCAGGUACUUUUGCUCAUUUUUAAAGGGCUUAUACACGACCAGGCUUUAUAAUGGUGAGAGUUAGAGGAUAUUAGAUUCAGUUCCAUUCUCCAGAUUGUAGAGGGCUUGUAUAAAGUGUUGUAUUAGUGUGAGGGGAAUCUCGCCUCUUCCACCGCUAAUCUGUAGCCCAUCGUUCAUGAAAGUGAUGUAGGCUACAAAGAGUGAUAAGAUUCUUUGGUAACACUUUUCUUAAAAGCAAUAGGUAGCUAUAAUGAUUUAUGACUUGUUAUAAGCAUGUAUUAGCCCUUCUAAUGUGUUGCAGUGAACUUGUCGUCUUUCUAUGUGGCACAUUCUUUUGUUGUUGCUAAUAUUAAACCAGGAUUAUUAGGAGAUGAUACUAUGCACUGGUUUUGUGACCAAUUUGUAUUGUUUUGUUUUACGUGAAGACGUUGUUUUCGGAUGAACUUCACUAAAGCUCAGAUUUCCUUCCUGCCGUACCAGGUACAUCACUUCCUUUGAGACAGGAACCCAGCCGGUGACGGACAUCUUCCAUUUCAUUGUUUACGACGGUGAGAACAGUCGCCUUGACAACCAGAUGUGUACCAUCACCAUUACCUCCAUAAAGGGACAGCCUCCAGUGGUCACUGUCCGCAGUGGCAUCAAGGUACACACACACACAAACACACACACACACACACACACACACACAACUCCGCUUGUUUGGACAGUUGCUAGGGACAGAACAAAGAGAGACAGUCUGCAACAGAUGAAGCGUAACCAGGCAACACAGCUGAUGCAACGCUCAGUGGACCAGUGUCUAACGCUGUGUGUGUGUGGUGUGUGUGUGUGUGUGUGUGUGUGUGUGUGUGUGGUAUGUGUGUGUGUGUGUGUGGUGUGUGUGUGUGUGUUUGAGUGUGUGUGUGUGUGUAUGAGUGUGUGUGUGUGUGGUGUGUGUGUGUGUGUGUGUGUGUGUGUGUGUGUGUGGUGUGUGUGUGUGUGUGUGUGUGUGUAUGAGUGUGUGUGUUCUAACACAAGGGUUGUAUCAUGUGAUUAAUAAUAGUUGUCGCCAGCUGCUGUCUGAUGGUCACUGUGAUGUGAAUGAGUCAGUGUUGAUCAAUGUAGCACAAAAUAAAAUAGAACCGCUGACAUUGGCAAUUGAUAAUGGAAUGGGGACGUCUGUUCUAGUCAUUCUAAUUCUAUGGAACGUGGUUUAUAUUAUACAGAUAUCCCUCGUUAACAUGAACUGGCAGGCUCAGCUGUAUAAUAGAAAUAGGCUUGGGGUGGACGUUGCACUUAGUGACUGAUCUAGGAUCAGAGUUACCUUCCGCAAGCCUAACUGUUUAUUUAUUAUAUAUUAAAGAUUAGCACUGACUAUCGGUAGCUAUCUAGGGGUAAGUUCCUCCUAGUUGUCCUAGAAGUGCUCUCACCCAAUGCUGUAUCUGCAUACUGAGAUCUUGUGCAACUUUCUAUGUUGUGUAUUUCUAGGUACAGGAAGGAGGAAGAGUCCAGCUGUCAACCAAUCACAUCAUUGUAUCAGAUCUGGACACACCCAAGAAGGACCUGCUGGUGUGGAUGAUCAGCGCGCCCAAAUAUGGCUUCGUUGAGAACACGAGACGAAGAGGUGUGUGUUUGUGUGUGUGUGUGUGUGUGUGUGUGAGACCAUGCGCAUGUGUGCUUUUGUUUGUAAUGCAUGUGUGUGAGUGUACACUAUGCAUAUCAGUAAUAUACAACAUACUGUAACAUCUUGACAGCAGACCUCCCUAGUGGAUUUAUUUACCAUCUGGAUCUUCAGUGGUCUGGUCUGUUGAUUGACAGCACCUUGUAUCUUUCAAAGAAAACACUCAUCCCCAAUCUAUAGCCUUAGAUCCUGAGAGAGAGAGAGAGAGAGAGAGAGAGAGAGAGAGAGAGAGAGAGAGAGAGAGAGAGAGGAGAGAGAGAUCGAGAUAGAGAGAGAGUAGAAUGGAGAUAGAGACGGCUCUCGAGAAGAUAAGCUCGGCUCUCGCAGAGAGCUCGAUCGUCUCUCCUCCUCUUCUCCUCUCUCUCAGAGGUACUUUACAUACCUUCCAUCAUCGACCUUUAACACCCUGAUAAAGUGGAGGGAGGCCUGAACAAAAGUCUUUAUGCUGCAAAGUAAACCCUGUUUUUCAUCCAUGAUGUGAGAUUAGUCUGAAGUACUGGUCUUCAGUUAUGUUGUCUUCUUCUGAGUAUUCCCCUGUUGAAAUAUAAAUGAAUAUCUAUGAGCCUGGCGUAUUUCUACAUGGUGUCUUAGAUGUUUCUGAUCUCCACCUUCCCAAUUCUGGCUCUCGUCCUUCUGUCUACACAAGUGGCGCUCGAUGGGCGGUUCAAAUACCCGCAUCAUCAGUCCAGAGGUUCCCUUCUCCGUGGACGACCUGACGACUGACCACAUCUUCUACGUUCAGAACGUCCAGAACACUGACCACUACCAGGACACCUUCUCUUUCUACAUCAGUGAUGGGUCCAGCCAGACAGAGGCCUUCAAUGUCAACAUAGAUAUACUGGUAAAUAAUACUACUGCUACUACUAUAUCAGUGAUGGGUGCAGCCAGACAUUCAAUGUCAACAUAGAUGUACUGGUAGAAAUAAUGAUUAAAGCCACAAUCCUUAAGACAUACAGCAGACCUGUCACUUGGUUUGAAAUAUGGAGAUUCAUAGAGGGACUGAAAGUCGAUGAGAUCAGCACGGUAGCUUUACUAAUAUUUUAAAGAUGUAUGUUGUGUGUUUACAAAUACUAUGUUAUUAAUAAUAAUUAACUGCAACUCUUAACCCAAGUGCACAAAGAAAACUUUCAGACAAGGUUGACGGAUUUUCUUGUUCUGUGAUAACUACACCAGCCCUGUUUUUUCCCGCCCACCAUAAAAAUCGAUCAAUUUGUCUGCUAGGGCCUUGAGGUGAUGAUCCUGACAGAGACUUGGGUGUAUGUAUUUUUGUGUGUGUGAAUGCUAAACUUUAAAUUUGUGUGUGCGAGCAUGUGUGUGCCUGUGUCUGUCUGUCUGUGUGUGCGUGUGCUAAUGCUUGUGUGUGUGUGUGUGUGUCCCCGCAGCAGAGUAAAGAGGAGAUGGAGCCGGUGGUGUCAGUGAACAGGAUCCAGGUGGAGGAGAACUCAGGAGUGGUCAUCACUAACUCUUCUCUCAACGUCCUGGACCAAGACACACCAGACAAUGACAUCAUCAUCACCGUCACCAAGGAACCAGCCUACGGUACGUGUACACACACACACACAGAAAUAAAGUGCACUUCACCUCUACAGUGCCCGACACCGUCCAGUGUCAACUGCAUGCUCUUCUCUCCUCCCCUGUCCUUUACUAUGGCCGUAACUCGCCCUCCCUCCCUCAUCCCUCUCUCUCUAACUUCUAACCUGAACUAAACUCUCCCGACAGAGGCCUUCAUGUCAACAUGAUUACUGGUAAAUAAUACUACUGCUACUACUAUAUCAGUGAUGGGUGCAGCCAACAUUCAAUGUCCUAUGUCUUAUUGUAACCAAUCCUCAUCCCUCCUUGUAAUUCUCUAUCAUCCCUCCAUUUGAUUUUUCACAAAAACUUCCUCUUUUCUUCCGGAUCUGGAUGCCCCCCCCAAGAACCAAUUUCCAGUGCCUUCGAUGUCACAUUUAGAAUUUUUUUUUUUUUUUUUUUUUUUUUUUUUUUUUUACUCCUCCAUUCCCUUCCUCUCCUCCUCUCUAAUCCCCUCCCCCCUCAUCCCUUUCCUAUUCCCUCCUUCCUGGCCUCUCUUUUUGACUCUCCUCCAUCCUCCAUCCUCCCACCACCCUCCUUACCCCUCCAUCCCUCUUGAAUCCCCUCCACCCUCUUUAAUCUCCCUAUCCUCCAUCCCUCCACCCUCCUGUAACUCUUCCCUCAUCCAUUCUUGAAACUCUCUCCCACCACCUUUCCUUGUAACCCCCCCCAAAUCUCCCUCAUCGCCUUGUAACUCUCAAACUUGAAUAUCCCUAUCCCUCAUUUCCAUCCCUCUUGUAACUCUUUCCAUCUCCUUUCAUGUCCCCAUCCUCUUGUAACUCUCCAUAUCCCUUGCCUUGUAACUUUCCACCUCCUGUAACUCUCCUGCUCAUCCCUCCUGUAACUCUCUCAUCCUCAUCCCUCCUCCCUUGUACUCUCCCCCCACCUCCUUUAACCUCCCCCACCUCUUACUCUCCCCCAUCCCCCAGAAUAUCCCUCUCCCUUCCCUCUAACGCCUCCCCCCCACUUUCAACUGUCUCCUCCCUCCAUCCUCCUGUCCCUCCCUACCCUCCUCCUCCCUCCAUCCUCUUGUAACUCUCCCUCCACCCUCCAGUCCCUCCUUGUCUCUCCCUCCAUCCCGGCCUUGUAACUUCUCCAUCUCCAUCCUCUCCUUAACCCCUCCCUCCAUCUCUCCCUACUCUCCUCUUGACCUCCCUCCAUCCCCCCUUUGUAACUCCCUCCAUCCCUCCUUUAACUCCCUCCAUCCCUCCUUGUAACUCCCUCCCUCCACCCUUCUAUCCCUCUCAACCUCUCCUUUACCAUCCCUCCUUUUCCUCCCUCCAUCCCUCCUUGUAACUCUCCCCCCUCCAAUCCCUCCAUCCCUCCUUAACUCUCCCUCCAUUCCCUCCGAUCCUUCCCUCUCCACCCUCCCUUGUAAUCUCCCUCCAUCCCUCCUUGUAACUCUCCCCCCCAUCCCUCCAUCCCUCCAUCCCCCCUUUGGGUAACUCUCCCUCCAUCCCGCCUUGUAACUCUCUAACUCUCCCUCCCAUCCCUCCUUGUACUCCCCCUCCAUCCCCCUUGUACUUCCCCUCCAUCCCUCCUUAACUCUCCCGCCAUAACUCUCCUCAUCCCUCCAUCCCUCCUUGUAACCUCCCUCCACCCCUCCAUCCCUUCCAUCCCUCCUUGUAACUCUCCCUCCAUCCAUCCCUCCUGUAACCUCCCUCCACCUCCCUCAAAUCCCCUCCAUCCCUCCUUUGUAACUUUUCCCCCUCCAUCCCUCCUUGUAACUUCCUUUCCAUCCCUCCAUCCCUCCUUGUAACUCUCCCCCCAUCCCUCCUCUAACUCUCUUUCCAUCCCUCCAUCCUCUUUACUCUCCUCUGAACCUCUCCCUCCAUCCCUCCUUGUAACUCUCUCCCUCUCAUCCCUCCAUCCCUCCUUGUACUCUCCUCCCCCUCCCUCCAUCUUCUCCCUCCAUCCCUCCUUUCUAACUCUCCCUCCAUCCCUCCUUGUAACCCCCUCCCUCCAUCCCUCCAUCCCUUCUCCCUCCCCUCCACUCUUACUCUCCCUCCAUCCCUCCUUCACUCCCCUCCUCCCUCCUUGUAACUUCCUCCUCCCUCCAUCCCUCCAUCCCCUCCAUCCCUCCUUGUAACUCUCCCUCCAUCCCUCCUUCCCCCAUCCCCAUCCCUUCCUUGUAACUCCCCCUCCAUCCAUCCCUCCAUCCCUCCAUCCCUUCCUUGUAACUCUCCCUCCAUCCCUCCUUAACUCUCCUCCAUCCCUCCUUGUAACUCUCCCUCCAUCCCUCCUUGUCUCUCCCUCCUCCCUCCAUCCCUCCUUGUAACUCUCCCUCCUCCCCUUAACUCUCCCUCCCUCCCUCCUUGUAACUCUCCCUCCAUCCCUCCCUUUGUAACUCUCCCCCUCCCUCCAUCCCCUCCGUUGUAACUCUCCCUCCCCUCCUUUCCCUCCCUCCAUCCCUCCUUGUAACUCCCCUCCAUCCCUCCUUGUACUCCCCCUCCAUCCCUCCUUGUAACUCUCCCCCCCCAUCCCUCCCAUCUACCCCCCCUUUCCUCCCUCUCUCCCUCCAUCCCUCCUUGUAACUCUCCCCCUCCAUCCCCCUCCUCCUAACUCUCCCCCCCCCCAUCCCUCCUUGUAACCUCUCCCCUCCCUCUAACUCCCCUCCAUCCCUCCUUGUAACCUCUCCCCUCCAUCCCUUCCACCCUCCUUAACUCUCCCUCCAUCCCUCCAUCCCUCCUUGUAACUCUCCCUCCAUCCUCCAUCCCUCCUCCCUCCUUGUAACUCUCCUCCUCCAUCCCUUCCUUGUAACUACUUCCCUCCAUCCCUCCCCUCCCUCCACCCUCCCUCUACUCUCCCUCCAUCCCUCCCUCUAACUCCCCUCUCUCCUCCAUCCCCCUCCUUGUAACUCUCCUCCAUCCCCUCCCUCCUCCCUCCUUGUAACUCUCCCUCCAUCCCUCCAUCCCCUCCUUGUAACUCUCCCUCCAUCCCUCCCUCUAACUCUCCCUCUCCCUCCAUCCCUCCCUCUAACUCUCCCUCCAUCCCUCCAUCCCUCCCAUCCCUCCUUGUAACUCUCCCUCCAUCCCCCUUGUACUCCUCCCUCCAUCCCUCCCUCUAACUCUCCUCUCCUCCCUCCCAUCCCUCCUUUAACUCUCCUCCAUCCCAUCCUCUCCCUCCCUCCAUCCCUCCUUGUAACUCUCCCUCCAUCCCUCCUUGUAACCCCCUCCUCUCCCUCCAUCCCUCCAAUCUCCCUCCAUCCCUCCCCCCUAACUCUCCCCUCCAUCCCUCCCUCUAACUCUCCCCCUCCAUCCCUCCCUCUUAACUCCAUCCCUCCAUCCCUCCAUCCCUCCUUUCACUCUCCCUCCAUCCCCCUCCACCCUCCUUGUAACUCUCCCUCCAUCCCUCCCUCUCCCUCUCUUGUACUCUCCCUCCAUCCUCCCCCCUAACUCCCCCACUCUCCCUCCAUCCCUCCAUCCCUCCAUCCCUCCUUGUAACUCCUCCUCCCUCCCUCCUUGUAACUCUCCCCCCCAUCCCUCCUUAACUCUUCCUGUCUCCACUCUUCCUCCUCCUCCCUCCUUGUCCUCUCCGCUCCCGUCCCAUCCCUCCUCAACUCUCCCCCAUCCCUCCACUCCCUCCAUCCCCCUUGUAACUCUCCCCUCCAUCCCCCUCCUCCUCCCUCCAUCCCUCCCUCUCCCUCUCCCUCCAUCCCUCCUUGUUCACCUCCUCUCCUCCACCCCUUUCCCUCCCCCUCUCACUCUCCCUCCCAUCCCUCCUUCUCUCCCUUCUCCCUCCAUCCCUCCUUACUCCCCCCAUCCCUCCCUCUAACUCUCCCUCCAUCCCUCCCUCCCCCCUCUCUCCUCCCUCCUGUAACUCCCCCCUCCCUCCCUCCACCUCCCCCCUCCCUCCCUCUAACUCUCCCUCCAUCCCUCCCUCCCAUCCCUCCCUCACCCCCUAUCCCUCCCUCUAACUCCCCUCGUCCCUCCCUCCAUCCCUCCCUCCUUCCUCCCCUCCCUCCCCUCCCAUCCACCCCUCCCUCUACUCUCCCUCCCCUCCGUACUCCCUCCCUCCCUCCCUCCUCUCCCCUCCUCCUCCCCUCCUUUAACUCUCUCCCCUCCAUCCAUCCUCCCUUCUUCCCCUCCCUCCAUCCAUCCCUCACUCUCCCUCCCCCUCCUCCUCCAUCCCUCUCCUCCCUCCAUCCCUCCAUCCCUCCUUGUAACUCUCCCCCUCCAUCCCUCCAUCCCUCCUCACUCUCUACCCUCCCUCCCUCCAUCCCUCCAUCCCUCCAUCCCUCCUUGUAACUCUCCCCUCCCUCCAUCCUCCCUUUAACCUCUCCCUCCACCCCUCCUCCAUCCCUCCCCUCUAACUCUCCCUCCAUCCCUCCGUCUAACUCUCCCCCUCCCUCCAUCCCUCCUUGUAACUCUCCCUCCAUCCCUCCAUCCCUCCUUGUAACUCUCCCUCCAUCCCUCCAUCCUCCUUGUAACUCUCUCCCUCCCUCAUCCCUCCAUCCCCUCCCUCCUUAACUCUCCUCCAUCCCUCCAUCCUCCCACCUCCCUCCAUCCCUCCCUCUAACUCUCCCCCCUCCUCCCUCCAUCCCUCCCUUAACUCUCCCUCCACCCUCCCUUCCUCAACUCCCCCUCUCCCUCCAUCCCUCCUUGUAACUCUCCCUCCUUUCCCUCCAUCCCUCCUUGUAACUCCCCCUCUCCCUCCAUCCCUCCAUCCCUCCUUGUAACUCUCCCUCCAUCCCUCCUUGUAACUCUCCUCCUCCUCCCCAAUCCUCCUCCAUCCCUCCCAUCCCUCCCCAUCCCUCCCCUCUAACUCUCCCCUCCAUCCCUCCUUGUAACUCUCCCCCCCUCCAUCCCUCCUGUAACUCUCCCUCCAUCCCUCCAUCCCUCCUUGUAACUCUCCCUCCUCCCUCCUCCUCCCUCCUUUUAACUCUCCCUCCCUCCCUCCCUCUAACUCCCCUCCAUCCCUCCAUCCCUCCAUCCCCUUCCCCCCUCUCUAACUCUCCCUCCUCCCUCCCCCCUCCUUGUAACUCUCCCUCCAUCCCUCCAUCCCCCCUUUUGUAACUCUCCCUCUCCCUCCCUCACUCCUCUCCCCCUCCCUCCAUCCUCUCCCCCCACCCCAACUCCUUCCUCCCUCCCUCCCUUGUAACUCUCCCUCCAUCCCUCCUCCCUCCUUGUACUCUCCCUCCAUCCCUCCCUCCCUCCUUCCCUUAACUCUCCCCUCCUCCACCUCCCUCCCCUCCUGAACUCCCUCUCCCCUUGUCCUCUCCCUCUCCUCCUCUAACUCUUCCCUCCAUCCCUCCUCUAUCUCCCCCCUCCCUCCUUACUCCCCUCCAUCCCUCCUUGUAACUCUCCCUCCUCCCUCCCUCCAUCCCUCCAUCCCUCCUAACUUCCCUCCAUCCCUCCCUCUACACUCUCCUCCCUCCCUCCCCUCCCUCCCUCUAAUCUCCCUCCUCCCUCCAUCCCUCCUUGUAACUCUCCCUCCAUCCCUCCCUUGUAACUCUCCCUCCCUCCAUCCCUCCUCUUAACUCUCCCUCCCUCCAUCCCCUCCUUGUAACUCUCCCUCCAUCCCUCCUUGUAACUCUCCCUCCAUCCCUCCUUUGUAACUCUCCCCUCCAUCCCUCCCUCCGUCUAACUCUCCCCUCCAUCCCUCCCCUCCCUCCCCUCCCUCCAUCCCUCCCUCUAACUCUCCCUCCAUCCCUCCCUCCAUCCCUCCCUCCAUCCCUCCCUCUAACUCUCCCUCCAUCCCUCCCUCCAUCCCUCCCUCUAACUCUCCCUCCAUCCCUCCUUGUAACCCCUCCCUCCACCCUCCCUCUAACUCUUCCUCCCUCCAUCCCUCCUUGUAACACUCCCUCCAUCCCUCCUUGUAACUCUCCCUCCAUCCCUCCCUCUAACUCUCCCUCCAUCCCUCCAUCCCUCCUUGUAACUCCUCCCCCCCCAUCCCUCCAUCCCUCCUUGUAACUCUCCCUCCAUCCCUCCUUGUAACUCUCCCUCCAUCCCUCCAUCCCUCCUUGUAACUCUCCCUCCGUAACCCCCUCCAUCCCUCCAUCCCCCUUGUAACUCUCCCUCCAUCCUCCCUCUAACUCUUCCUCCUCCAUCCCUCCCUCUAACUCUCCCUCCAUCCCUCCCUCUAACUCUCCCUCCCUCCCUCCUUGUAUCUCUCCUCCUCCAUCCCUCCAUCCCUCCUUGUAACUCUCCCUCCAUCCCUCCUUGUAACUCUCCCUCCAUCCCUCCAUCCCUCCUUGUAACUCUCCCUCCAUCCCUCCCUCUAACUCUUCCUCCCUCCAUCCCUCCCUCUAACUCUUCCUCCCUCCAUCCCUCCCUCUAACUCUCCCUCCUCCAUCCCUCCUUUUAACUCUCCCUCCAUCCCUCCUUGUAACUCUCCCUCCAUCCCUCCAUCCCCCUUGUAACUCUCCCUCCCAUCCCUCCUUGUAACUCUCCCCUCCAUCCCUCCCUCUACUCUCUCCCUCCAUCCCUCCCUCUAACUCUCCCUCCAUCCCUCCUUGUAACUCUCCCUCCAUCCCUCCCUCUAACUCUUCCUCCCUCCAUCCCUCCCUCUAACUCUCCCUCCAUCCCUCCUUGUAACUCUCCCUCCAUCCCCCCUCCAUCUAACUCUCCCUCCAUCCCUCCCUCUAACUCUUCCUCCCCUCCUCCCUCCCUCCUAACGCUCCCUCCAUCCUCCUUGUAACUCUCCCUCCCUCCAUCCCUCCCUCUAACUCUCCCUCCAUCCCUCCUUGUAACUCUCCCUCCAUCCCUCCGUCUAACUCUCCCUCCAUCCAUCCCUCCCUCUAACUCUCCCUCCAUCCCUCCCUCUAACUCUCCCUCCAUCCCUCCCUCCAUCCCUCCCUCCAUCUCUCCCUCCAUCCCUCCCUCUAACUCUCCCCUCCAUCCCUCCUUGUAACUCUCCCUCCAUCCCUCCUUGUAACUCUCCCUCCAUCCCUCCCUCCCUCCAUCUCUCCCUCCAUCCCUCCAUCUAACUCUCCCUCCAUCCCUCCUUGUAACUCUCCCUCCAUCCCUCCAUCUAUCCCACUAACUCUCCCUGUAAUGUCAGGAUCCUGCAACGACCUAUUCUUCACAACCUGCAGGCAGUAAAAGCAACAUAAACCCUCCCAUACAGCCCCUGUCACACCGUCAUAAAACUAAAACCUAUGGAGGCUAUAGAGGCCCUGUCCUCUCCACUGUCUGCCUGCCAGACAGCUUCUGCUAAAUGACAUUGCGCAGCGCAAAAACACAUUCAUCAUGUUACGCAUGCGGCGGGUCUCACAUUGCCGGGAUUCAAGGCCUUCCAGGGAUGAAGAUAUAUGACACACCUUCUCUUAGUUCUUUGAUCUAUCUGUUUCUACCUUUAUUUUUGUUGCCAUAUGUAAAGUGUCUUUUGAGUGUCAUGAAAAGGGUUAAAUAAGGAAGAUAUACAUUUACAUUUACAUUUACGUCAUUUAGCAGACGCUCUUAUCCAGAGCGACUUACAAAUUGGUGCAUUCACCCUAUAGCCAGUGGGAUAACCACUUUACAAUAUGUUUUUAUUUUAUUUAUUUUUUUUGGGGGGGGGGGGGGGGGGCGACGGGGUAGAAGGAUUACUUUAUCCUGUCCCAGGUAUUCCUUAAAGAGGUGGGGUUUCAAAUGUCUCCGGAAGGUGGUGAGUGACUCCGCUGUCCUGGCGUCGUGAGGGAGCUUGUUCCACCAUUGGGGUGCCAGAGCAGCGAACAGUUUUGACUGGGCUGAGCGGGAACUAUGCUUCCGCAGAGGAAGGGGAGCCAGCAGGCCAGAGGUGGAUGAACGCAAUGCCCUCGUUUGGGUGUAGGGACUGAUCAGAGCCUGAAGGUACAGAGGUGCCGAUCCCCUCACAGCUCCAUAGGAAAGCACCAUGGUCUUGUAACAGAUGCGAGCUUCAACUGGAAGCCAGUGGAUUGUGCGGAGGAGCGGGGUGACGUGAGAGAACUUGGGAAGGUUGAACACCAGACGGGCUGCGGCAUUCUGGAUGAGUUGUAGGGGUUUAAUGGCACAGGCAGGGAGCCCAGCCAACAGCGAGUUGCAGUAAUCCAGACGGGAGAUGACAAGUGCCUGGAUUAGGACCUGUGCCGCUUCCUGUGUAAGGCAGGGUCGUACUCUCCGAAUGUUGUAGAGCAUGAUCCUGCAGGAUCGGGUCACCGCCUUGAUGUUAGCGGAGAACGACAGGGUGUUGUCCAGGGUCACGCCAAGGCUCUUCGCACUCUGGGAGGAGGACACAACGGAGUUGUCAACCGUGAUGGCGAGAUCAUGGAACGGGCAGUCCUUCCCCGGGAGGAAGAGCAGCUCCGUCUUGCCAGGGUUCAGCUUGAGGUGGUGAUCCGUCAUCCAUACUGAUAUGUCUGCCAGACAUGCAGAGAUGCGAUUCGCCACCUGGUUAUCAGAAGGGGGAAAGGAGAAGAUUAGUUGUGUAUCGUCAGCGUAGCAAUGAUAGGAGAGGCCAUGUGAGGAUAUGACAGAGCCAAGUGACUUGGUGUAUAGGGAGAAUAGGAGAGGGCCUAGAACUGAGCCCUGGGGGACACCAGUGGUGAGAGCACGUGGUGCGGAGACAGCUUCUCGCCACGCCACUUGGUAGGAGCGACCGGUCAGGUAGGACGCAAUCCAGGAGUGAGCCGCGCCGGAGAUGCCCAGCUCGGAGAGGGUGGAGAGGAGGAUCUGAUGGUUCACAGUAUCAAAGGCAGCAGACAGGUCUAGAAGGACAAGAGCAGAGGAGAGAGAGUUAGCUUUAGCAGUGCGGGGAGCCUCCGUGACACAGAGAAGAGCAGUCUCAGUUGAAUGACCAGUCCUGAAUAUAUAUACCAUCAUAUAUACCAUCAUCAUCAUCAUCAUCAUCAUUAUUAUUAUUAUUAUUAUUACUAUUGUUAUUAUUAUCAUUGUUAUUAUUAUAAUUAUAUUAAUUAUUAUUAUUAUUACUAUUGUUAUUAUUAUUAUUAUAAUAAAUAAUAAUAAUAUGCCAUUUAGCAGACGCUUUUAUCCAAAGCGACUUACAGUCAUGUGUUUAUACAUCUUUACGUAUGGGUGGUCCCGGGGAUCGAACCCACUACCCUGGCGUUACAAGCGCCAUGCUCUACCAGCUGAGCUACAGAGGACCACAUUAUUAUCAUUAUUAUUACUAUUAUUACUAUUAUUAUUAUUAUUAUUAUUAUUAUUAUUAUCAUUGUGUUCAGGCAAGUUGCAACCCCACAUACUCACUCUUUCCCACCAUGGUCCUGUUUUCAGGCAAACUGCGUAGACGCCAGUUCUACUCCCAGCCUCUGGAGAACGGUCGGGUCCUGUCUCAGGGCUCCACAUUCACCUACCAGGACGUGUUGGACCUGCUGCUGGUGUACGCCCCUGAUGCGGCCAGCGGGGGCAGUGAUGAGCUAUCCUUCUCCCUGACUGACGGCAUCCACACCAGCACCGGACGGCUCACCUUCACCAUAGACGUCAGGAAGAGUGAAGGACCAAGGAUGACCGUGAAUAGAGGCCUGCAGCUGGCUGCAGGUACGGGCUUGGAGAGAGGGUGUGUGUGUGUGUGUGUGUGUGUGUGUGUGUGCGUGCGUGCGUGUGUAUGUGUGUGUGUGGACCCUGCAUGACCUUAAACAGUUUCCGCAGGGAAGGACAGGGACAAACAAGGGGACGGGAUCCGUGUAAUUGUUUUAAGGGGACGGGAUCCGUGUAAUUGUUUUAAGGGGACGGGAUCCGUGUAAUUGUUUUAAGGGGACGGGAUCCGUGUAAUUGUUUUAAGGGGACGGGAUCCGUGUAAUUGUUUUAAUGCGCCAGGACCCACAUGUGCCCUUCUUCAUGGUGAAGUCUAGCUGAGUACGAACACACCUGAUUCAACUAUGAAAGGGCUUGUUGAUAACUUGUUGAUUCAGGUAUUCCAGUUCUGAGCUAGUGUCUAAAUCAAAUCAAAUCAAAUGUUAUUGGUCACAUACACAUGUUUAGCAGAUGUUAUUGGUUACAUACACAUGGUUAGCAGAUGUUAUUGCGAGUGUAGCGAAAUGCUUGAGCUUCUAGUUCCAACAGUGCAGCAAUAUCUAACAAGUAAUAUCUAACAGGUUCUACAACAAAAACCUAAUCACACAAAUCUAAGUAAAGGAAUGGAAUAAGAAUAUAUAAAUAUAUGGAUGAGCAAUGUCAUUAUCAGAGUGGCAUAGUCUAAGAUGCAAUAGAUAGUAUAGAAUACAGUAUAUACAUAUGAGAUGGGUAAUGCAGAAUAUAUGUAAACAUUAUUAAAGUGGCAUUAUUAAAGUGACUAGUGUUCCAUUUAUUAAAGUGGCCAGUGAUUUUCAAGUCUGUAUGUAGGCAGCAGCCUCUAAUGUGCUAGUGAUGGCUGUUUAACAGUCUGAUGGCCUUGAGAUAGAAGCUGUUUUUCAGUCUCUCGGUCCCAGCUUUGAUGCACCUGUACUGUCCUCGCCUUCUGGAUGAUAGCGGGGUGAACAGGCAGUGGCCCGGGUGGUAGUUGUCCUUGAUUAUCUUUUUGGCCUUCCUGUGACAUCGGGUGCUGUAGGUGUCCUGGAGGGCAGGUAGUUUGCCCCCGGUGAUGCGUUGUGCAGACCGCACAACCCUCUGGAGAGCCCUGCGGUUGUGGGCGGUGCAGUUGCCGUACCAGGCAGUGAUACAGCCCGACAGGAUGCUCUCAAAAAAGUUUGUGAGGGUUUUAGGUGACAGGCCAAAUUUUUUCAGCCUCCUGAGGAUGAAGAGACUUUUCUGCGCCUUCUUCACCACACUGUCUGUGUGGAUGGACCAUUUCAGUUUGUCAAUGAUGUGUACACCGAGGAACUUAAAAUGUUCACCUUCUCCACUGCUGUCCCAUCGAUGUGGAUAGGGGGGUGCUCCCUCUGCUGUUUCCUGAAGUCCACAAUCAUCUCCUUUGUUUUGUUGACGUUGAGUGAGAGGUUAUUUUCCUGGCACCACACUCCCAGAGCCCUCACCUCCUCCCUGUAGGCUGUCUCGUCAUUGUUGGUAAUCAAGCCUACUACUGUUGUGUCGUCUGCAAACUUGAUGAUUGAGUUGGAGGCGUGCAUGGCUACGCAGUCAUGGGUGAACAGGGAGUACAGGAGUGGGCUGAGCACGCACCCUUGUGGGGCCCCAGUGUUGAGGAUCAGCGAAGUGGAGAUGUUGUUUCCUACCUUCACCACCUGGGGGGGCGGCCCGUCAGGAAGUCCAGGACCCAAUUGCAAACUUGAUGUAGAGUCUUGGGGAGACUGGCAGAACAGAUAGGGAAGGGCUGAUCUAGAUCUAGUCUUAUGCUGUUGUUCUUUGGUGUAUCCUUACUGUUACUGUACCUAUUCUCCCCCCAGGCUCAGCGGCUAAGAUCACUGAGCAGAACCUGAAGGGAUCAGAUUCAGACUCAGAUAGCCUGAAGCUGAGGUACAUCCUGACCAAAGACCUUCCAUUAGGAAGACUACAGCUUUCUAAAAGAGGAGGAGGACCAGGAACACGGUGUCUGUAAAGGGACCUGUCCAAGAGCUGAAAAAUAGUGAGGAGGGAACAGAAAAAGAGAGGAAUGAGAGAGAAGGGAAAGAUACUUGGAAGAGCAGGGGGGGCCAGGGGAGAGAAGAAGUGGGUAAAGGAAAAAGGAAGUAGAAGAGAGAGGAGAGAGAAGAGGAGAGAGAGAGAGAGAAGAGAGAGACGAAGGAAGGAAGAGAGAGGAGGAGAGAGAGAGGAGAGAAGGGGGAGGAGAAGAAGAGAGAGAGAGAGCAGGAGGGACGAGAUGAGAGAGAGAGAGAGGAGAGAGUAGACGAGAGAGACGGGAAGAGAGAGAGGAGAAGAGGGAGAGAGAGAGAGAGAAGAGAGAGAGAGAAUGAGAGAGAAGAGAGGAGAGAGAUAUAUCGCGCUAGAGAGAUAAAGCAUGCGAGAUAGAGAGGUGCUAUAUCGUAAAUAGUCUCAUGGCUCGAUCUCGAUCUGAUCUAUAGGAGUCUCGAUAUGCUCUCGUCUAUAUGACUAUAUAGAUUGAGAUCUCUCAGCUCUGCUAGAUAUCGAGAAUGAUAGAUUGAUAAUAGAUAUAAUAUAUAUCUUGACUCUGAUCGUAGAGUCUCUCCUCUCUCUCUGUCUCUAUCUUCUCUCUGUCCUCUCUCUCUCUCUCUCUCAACAGCAUCUAAUGUCGCACAUAGUGCGGCUGUCUCGACUGUGACGAGAGCUUCUCUCUAUCUUGCUCAUCUCUCGCUCUAUCGUCUCUUCUCUCUCUCUAUAUCUCUCUCUCACUCUCUAUUCUCUUACUCGCUCUCUCUCUAUCUUCUAUCGCUACUAUGUAGCAAGCUAUCACAAACACCAUCUGUUUUUACACAUUUAAAAUUCUUCCAGGAAUAACAUGGCCUGUGACUUUCUCAUGAGAUUGUAUUCUCAGUUAUUGAAUGAAUUAUGAUUAAUUUACAUUUUAUUGAAUUGACCAUACCAUGCGUGUGUGGUCUGCUGUUUUGCAGUGCUGUUCUGUCACGUGAGGAGUACAGUCAUGCGAGAAGGGAGAGAAAGGAGGAGCAUCUUCCAUUCAGUUCACCUGGUGGAUCCAGAGGGCAACAAACGAUCGACCAGCUCCUUCUACACUCCGUGUCUUGUACUAGGCUAGGGUACAGCUCACCACACUCUACAUCAGUGUUACAGUGCGUAGAUACCAGUCCUUCUACCAUAGGGUACUAUGGGUAGCUACCCAGUCCUUCUACAUCAGUUGUAUAGGUCCGGUUCCUGUCCUUCUAUAUCAGUUGUACUAGGAAGGUUCCUGUCCUUCUACAUCAGUGAAUAGCGGUAGAUACCAGUCCUUCUACAUCAGUGUACUAGGUAGGUAACCAUGGUACCUCUUACAUCAGUGUACUAGGUAGGUACCAGUCCUUCUACCUCAGUGUACUAGGCUAGAUACCAGUCAUUCUACAUCAGUGUACUAGGUAGAUACCAGUCCUUCACAUCCAGUGUAAGGUAGGUACCAGUCCUUCUACUCAGUGUACUAGGUAUGAUACAGCUUCUAUAUAAGUGUUACUAGGUAGAUACCAGUCCACUCUACAUCCCGUGUACUAGUAGGGUCCUGUCCUCUACUAUCAGUGGACCUAGGUAGUCACACCAGUACUUCUACACAGUGUAUCUAGGUAGGUACCGGCCUUCGUACUCGAGCCCGGUAUAGGUGGUAGUAGGUACCAGUCCACUUCUAACUAUCCGCAGUGUCUGUAUCUAGUUAAGGUUCCUGUCACGCCUUCGUAUAUCAGAUGUACUAGGAAGGUUCCGUCCCCUUCUACAUUCAGUGUGGGAAAGGUAUGAUACCAGUACUUCUAAAAUCAAGUGUACUAGGUAAGAUUACAGCCUUCUUAUCAUCAGUUGUACUAGGUAGGUACCGUCCUUUCUACUAUUCAGGUACUAUGGUACAGAUACCCGUCCUUCUAAAUCAGGGUACUGGUAGAUACCAGUCCCUCUAAUCCGUGUUACUCCUUAUUGGUCUGUUAUAGGUGGGAAGCUGGGGAGAAAAAGGGAGGGAGGGGGAAAAAAGGAGGGGGGGAAGAAAAAAGGAAGAAGGGGGAAGAGAGGGAGGAGAAAGAAAGAAAGAAAGAAAGAGAGAGAAAAAAGGGAAAGAAGGAGCGGAGAGCAAAAACAACCCAUGCCAAGGAGAGAAAUGACACUGGACAAACACUCGCCAAAAUAAUGGCAGGAUUAAGUGAGAACAUUCAUAACGGCGUGUCUGGAUAUUCUGGGUGCUGGAUUGAGACUCAGUGAAAAAGAGACUUACUUUCCACGCGUGUCUGUACAGCUACCAGGGCACCAGGACCAGUGAGCAAUGGACGACCUCGGUAGUGAACCGUCCGAAAUUACCAGGCCGACUACACUGGGGGCAUCGGAGCACGCCAGGCACCCCAGGUUACAACACAAUCACACACAAAGGGGAGAAAUGCACAAACAAACCAAACACAGAAAAAAGAAACACAAUGCCAACACACCCCCAGACCCGUGGGGUCUGCACUGGAGCUUCGCAAACCAGCCACGUGGACCACCACGAGUCCAAAAGAAACACCACAAACACACUACAACACACACAGAACACCACAACACACACCACAGCACACAACCACGACCAACAACACACCAUCACCAAACCUGCACACAAAUAACUCUGGUUAAUAUACUGUUACUGCCUAACCAUACCGAAGACAUGACAACAAGCUUUAUAAAGGCUAAUCACUAACACACAACAUGUACUGCAUACUCCAAACAAGACAACACGCAAAGCAAAGAAACAACUACACAUACACACACAUACACCACAACCAUACUACGCAGAUCACACACCCUGCGUAAAUCCAAGUGACCAUAAAUGAGUCUCGCUCUUCUAAUGUUCUCUGAGUCUGAACCAGUCGGAGAGCACAGCGUCUCCACCACCACACCAGACUAAUCGAGCCAGAAGAAAGAAAAAAAUAAAAAAGCCCGACCACCUACCCACCACACAACACGAACCCACAAAAGCCUAAAAAAGCCUUCAACACCUCAACUACAACUAACACGAACCCCCAAUAACACCCCGCACCCAAUACCCGUGACUAAAACGUAGUCGAAACCCCCCCUCACACCUUCAUACCAACACCUCCAAAACAACGAAAGCUACCCGCCAUUGGACAAACACAGGGAAAAAACGCACCAAAACACCGAAAUCCCAAACCCGUCUCUACACGAGCAAAGCACGCAACACCAAGAAAGCAACCCCAAUAACAAAAGAUAACGCACGAUAUAAAACAAAACACUCACUACCCCCACAUACAAAGGCGCACCAACAACCAAACGCCGCACCCUACCUAUGAGAAACCAGACACAUAUCGAGCGCAAAACCAUCGCUCUCCCAAGAAAAAAGAAACCCAAAACCCUACCCGAAAAGGGUCGGACUCUACAUAAAUAAAUUCGAUCCCCCUCCGGCACCCCAACCUGAUUUCGUGCAAGACCGGAUGACACAAAAAGCAAACACGCAACCGAAACCCUUUGCAAAAAAAAUCACUUAAAUUGAACCGACCCUUACACCACCAACCCUUCAACGUCUCCCCCCCCACCAUGAGACCUCCCCCUCCAAAAAAGACUGCUCACGAAAAACCAAUGCCUGGACCUAACCAAGACCAGACCAAAGCCGCCACACACCCCACACCCGAAGCCCGACCGCCCACGACAAAGAAAGCGAAAUUAGUUAAACAGCAACGGAGGGACUAAUGCCCAAAAAAAAAAGUUAAGAAAUCCUCGAACUGGCACAAAGAAAAUAAACGAAAAACUCAGAAACGACACCUCUCCCCACCAAUAACACGACCCGCUCAAACCGACAACUCCAACAAAAUAAACCCUACGUCGAAAGGAAAUUAGAGAAACUCUAUACGUCCCAGAACCGAAAUGCCACACGACCGACUACGAAGGCCUACCGCGAUUGACAGAAGUAAAAAGAAUAAACUACAAAGACUCACCCCAAGCCCCCAUAAUACGAAAAGCCCCCCGCCCUUAUCCCGCGUCCCCACAUCAUGACAAACCUCCUAUCUAAUCUUCAUCCUACCAUUACGGUCGGCUCCUCUCGGCUUAAACACAGAGGCUCCCCGUGGGUAGCAACGCGCACGGCGGCACCUAAUCCUCCACCAUAUUCCAGUCCGCAAACCCAAAGCUCCAACCACUAGCUCAGGACUGUAGGGAAAAGGAAAAAAAAAAAAAAAAAAGAACACGAAAAGAAACAAAUAACAAGACAGGAACAAAAACACACAACAAACCUAACACAGCCAAAGACCAAAGGGACAAGGAAAAAAAAAAAGAGAUCCAAAAACCAUCAACUGAAAGACAAAAAAGAAAAUAGAGACCAGGGAAAAAGGCGGCCAACAGCCAACACAAAAAAAGUAAAAAAACAAAUGUUAAGACUCCAAAAUGAAUAACACAGAAGACAGCGUGUUCCUCAAACGUAAAGGAAAAACGAAGAAAAAAAAACAAAAAAAAAGGCAAAAGAAAGCGCCAGGACAAACAAGAAAGAAUCGAUAACAUACCAGAAGAAUACCAGGGGGAACCACAAAAAACAGGAAGAGGCCGAUCGAAAAAAAGAUCGAAAAAAAGAAAGAAGAAGCGCACCAAAGAACCACACACGACAAAAAGAAUACAAGGGACUAGCCUAUCUAGUUGUACUCAGCCCUCCCUACACGUUAACACACCACAACUUCGCAGACCUCAGUUAACACACACAAACUGAGACCCCCCCCAGACCCCCCAGAAUAGAACGGUUUGAACACAACCACACUGACGGAUGAAAUAAAAAAAAAAACAACCGACAACAGAAUAGUGAAAAAUAACAAUAUACCACUAGCAGAGGACACCCCACAACCCCCCCCCCCCCCCCCCCAGACUAAGUUAAACACCCACACUGGAGACCCCCCCACACACCCCAUCCAGGACUUAGUGUACACACCACACUAGAGACCCCCCACCCCCCCUCCAGAACUAUCGAUCCCUCUUUAUAACAAAAAAAAAAAGGAGACAACAACAAAACACCCAGACCCACAAGAAAAGGACGAAGCAAAAAACCACAAUAGACACCCCCCCCCCCAACCCAGACUAAGUUAACACACCCCCACCACCCCCACACCACCCACACGGAGACCAACCCCCCCCACCCCCCUCCCGCCCCUCAGAUAGUUAACAAACCACACUUCUCGAGAGCCCCCCCCCCCCCCCUCCUCAGACCCCCCCUCCAGAUAGUUAGAACACACACACUGAGGGACCCCCCCCACCCCUCGCGACCUACGUUAACACACCCACACUGAGACCCCCCCCCCCCCCUACCGAAUAUGUUAACACACCAAUCACGGACCCCCCCCCCCCCAUAAUAACAGACACCACCCAGCACCCAGAACGUUAACAAACCACACGAGACCCCAGUCCAGAUAGUUAACCAGCAACACUGAGACCCGCCCCCCCCCUCCCCCCCCCUCAGACUAGUGAACACACCACACUGAGAUCACCCCCCCCCUCCAGACUGAGUUAACACACACACUGAGACCCCCCACCCCCCAGACGACGUUAACAACACCACACUGAGAACACCCCCCCCCCACCCCCCAGGGACUAGUUAAAACACACCACCACUGAGCACCCCCCCCACCCCCCCCCCAAAAAAAUUACUCCAAACCAACAGCCCCGCCCCACUCACCCCCCCACCGCCUCCCAACCCCCCCCCCCCCCCCCCCCUCACCCCCCCAUCCCCCGUCCCGCCCCCCAAAAGGGGGGACUAUUGUUAAACACAACACACUAGACCCCAACCAGACCUAGUUAACACACCACACCUGAGACCCCCCCACCCCCCACCAGAGAGUUAACACACCACUGAGACCCCCCACCACCCCCCCCCCAAGUAACUGAGUGGAACAACACACACUGAGACCCCCCCCCCCACCAACACACCACACCCAAACCACCCACCACCCCCCACGGCCCUUUACCCCCCCCCCCCCCCCCCCCCCCCCCAGACUAGUUAACACACCACACUGAGACCCCCCCCCCCCAUGUUUUCAUUAAAAGACAACUAAAUAUAAAUGUAAAAAUGGACAAUUUCAAAGCAUGCUGAGUAUUUUUCGAAUGAGCUCCGCCCCUAAUCAAGGUUUUGUCUAGAAAGGAGACAGCUUUUGUCAAAAUUUAUUUUUCGUAGCAGGUUUAGGAGAAUAUACGCAGAAGGUUAGCAGAAUUAACGUAGGAGGUUAGGAGAAUUAGGUUAAACUGUAUCCCAUCUAGACAUGAGCCCGAAACAAGGGCAUUAAUAAUACCCAGGAUGCAUUGUAGUUCAUUUUGGUAUGUUCAUUUUCACAUAUACAUUUACAUUUUGGUAAUUUAGCAGACACUCUUAUCCAGAGUGACUUACAGUCAGUGCAUUCAACUAAGGUAGAUAAACAGCAACAUAUCACAUUCAUAGCAAGUAAAAUGCUUCUAUAACCGUUACUGAGAAUGUUGUUGCUGUUUGGGCCGGCUAAUUGCAAAUGUAUUUCUGUAUUUUAUAAUACAAAAUACAUGUAUUUUAAUUUAAUACAUUUCAAAAUACAAGUAUUUUGUAGGUUAUUUUGAUACAUUGAUCUUUAUGGUAUUUUGUAAUUGUAUUUUGUAAUUGUAUUUUCUUAUUGUAUUUAGUAAUUGUAUUUAGUAAUUGUAUUUUGUAAUUGUAUUUAGUAAUUAUAUUUAGUAAUUGUAUUUUGUAAUUCUAUUUUGUAAUUUUUGCCCAUCUCUGCAUGGCACGAUGGAGAUGGCAGACAGCAAGAUUCAGACAAACCCCAACUGUACCAAAUCAAAUACUAGGCUAGUAGCAUUGGAAGAUAUUGCCUACACACUUUAUUUCAGGGGUGAUUACGUUUAUAAAUUGCCUGGCUGGGCUGUGGGACAGUGGACGUGCAUUGAUAAAUCGAAUGGAACUGUUAACAGGCGUUACCCGGGGAUUGUGGUGAAUAAGCAUCCAGGAUCCAAACAACCCGUUGAGGGCAGUGGGUUGUGGCAGUGGUGUAAAGUACUUAAGUAAAAAUACUUUAAAGUACUACUUAAGUCGUUUUUUGGGGUAUCUGUACUUUACUUUACUAUUUAUAUUUUUGAAAACUUCUACUUUUACUUCACUACAUUCCUAAAGAAAAUAGUAUACUUUUUACUCCAUACAUUUUUUGAUGACACCCAAAAGUAUCCGUUACAUUUUGAAUGCUUAGCAGGACAGGAAAAUUGUCAAUUUCACACACUUAUCAAGAGAACAUCCCUGGUCAUCCCUACUGCCUCUAAUCUGGCAGACUCACUAAACACAAAAUGCUUCAUUUGUAAAUGAUAUCUGAGUGUUGGAGUGUGCCCCUGGCUAUCCAUAAAUUUAAAAAAACAAGAACAUUGUUCCAUCUGGUUUACUUAAUACAAGUAAUUUUAAAUUAUUUAUCCUUUUACUUUUGAUACUUAAGUAUAUUUAAAACCAAAUACUUUUAGACUUUUACUCAAGUAGUAUUUUACUGGGUGACUUUCACUUUUACUUGAGUCAUUUUCUAUUAAGGUAUCUUAACCUUUACUCAAGUAUGACAACUGGGUACUUUUUCCACCACUGGGUUGUAGGGCAGAUGUGACGCCAGCUAGCGAACAAUGCUAACUACCACUAAAGAGAUACAGUGUGCUAAUUUAAUGCUAAUAGCGUUAUAUUCCAGGAACUGAUUUAUAUUACAUGAUGUCUGUGCCACUAACAGUAAAUACCAUUUAGCAUACGUUUUCAUCCUAAGGGACUUGGCAUAUUGAGUGCAGUGAAUACAUAAUUAGUGUGUGACCCAAGCAGGUCUUCGCUGGCAUUGCUAGUGCCACACACUGACUUUCAAAGAACGUUUUUGAAAGCUAACACAUCCAUUAACAUUAACUGUUAAUGCUAAUGAAUGCUAACUUCCUUCCGGAUACAGGAACACGCAUCACGUCCUUCUCCCAGGCUGACCUGGCCUCCCGCAGUGUCCAGUACGUUCACACCAGCGAAGAAGAGAAGCACGCAGACGAGUUCUCCUUCAUUGUGUCUGACGGGGCUAAUGAGGUACACACACACACACACACACACACACACACACACACACACACACACACACACACACACACACUAUCGAUAAUGUCCCUCUCUAAUGCAGCCUAAUGAGCAGCAGAAGUGCUUGAGCAAACGUGAAAAGAUCGUCUGGCCUUCACGAUUGGCUGACCGCUGUGCGUAAAAGGUCGUCGGGGCCGUGUCACGAUUGGCUGAACGCUGUGCGUGUGGUGUUAUGUGGAGCUGCUGGUCCAUUCUGUUCAAGUUGGUUUUGUGUCAUUAAACAUUUGAUCAGGAUGUUUGCAUGUAAAGUAUCAGAUCAUCCCAUCAGAUCCCGCUGUUGUAUUUUUAUCACUACUGUACCCACCAGGAUAUGAUUGCUCCUGUGGUGAGAUUACGUUUUCUGUGUAUGUUGUGAUGUUGUGAUGGGUGGCCCUGAGGUUGUACAUAUCAUUCUCUAUUUUAAAACACUGUACAGUAGGUUACUGUAAAACAAGGAUACAAUGUUCUGCAUGGCCUAAGAACAACUUCAUUGAAAAGUGUUGCACACAAUGAUCAAAUCAAAUGUUAUUUGUCACCUGCUUCGUAGACACAAGGUAGAGAGGUAGAGAGAGAGGGAGGGAGAGAGAGAGAGAGAGAGAGAGAGAGAGAGAGAGAGAGAGAGAGAGAGAGAGAGAGAAGUCAUGCAGAAGAACAGCUCCUGACUUGUUAUAACUUUUUGGUUGUUAAGAGCGAGAUUGACACGACUAAAUUAGCAAAAAAUGUAUAGGUAAUCUAAUUGUACAACUGAAGAUCAAAACAGGAGGAAAAGAUUGACAGAGAGUGAGUAAAAAGACCAAUCUUCAUCGUGGUAGCUAGCCAAAUUAAAAUCUGUCAGCUAGCUCACCGUCCAGCUCUAACCGUUUACUGGUGGUAACCAUAGCAACAUGGCCACUGAGGCAGCGCUAGCAUCGAUAGUAACGGCAGAGACUGAGAGACUUUCUCCGUUGUUUUUUGAAUACCCAGCAGAAAUAAAAUCAGAGAAGGGAAGAAUCAACUUUAAACACCGAAUUCUGAGGGAAAACCCAGAAACUUUGUUUGCUGACUGCUCACAAAACGGGACUGUUACAAACCUGCUAUUUUACACAGACCACACUACUGCCUGGCAUACAGCUGUAACUAGCCAUUUCAGCUACACCACGAAGAAAGGCAUCUGCAAGGGAAGACAAAUCCACAUUUUUGAGGACAGCGAUAAGGACCAGGAAAACAGGUUUCUGACGGUAAACAUGUAUCAGAACGGUACUAUCAUGGUCCAGGGCAGUGAGGCUGCACUCAGCUCUGUUGUGCAGGACUUCCCCACCCUAAUGAAGAUAGCAGAAAGUAAAAAAGACAAGGACAGCACCCUGACCUCUCCCCUCACCUCAGGCACCCCAACAGCAGGACUAUCCUCCCCCCUGCCUGCCUACAACCACCAGAGCCAAGACCACACUACCAUCAGCCUGUUGAGAGACAGGCUGGCUCUGUUAGAGGUAUGGGUUACUGAGCUGAAGGAGCAGCCCCCCAGCUACACCACCCCCAGCCCAGACACAGAGCUUCUACAGGACCAGAUCAACCAGUGCAGGACCCAGCUGAAGAACUCUGUCCAGGAGCUGAGAGAGAGCCUUACCACAGCGCUUGAGGAGGUAAAGGCCACCAUGAGGAGAGAGCUAGUGCAGGUAAAGGAGGAGAUGGCAAAGGAGUUGUCUGUCAUCAAGAGGGUGCUACAGCAGAGAGAACAGACUGUAGAGACUCCCAGAGAGAAGCUGCAGCCCCUCACCACCCCUAACAACCCCACUGACCCACCUUUACCCACAAUCCCCCCCCCAUACCGACAACACUUUACCCACACCCCCAGUCAACAAAGAGGCCCACAUUGAGACAACUACUACAGAGAGAAGCUCUCUGGCCCCCCCUGACACACCCCCACACACCCCUCCAUGUACACAGGCCCUGUCUACUCCAGCCCCAGACCGAAAACGCACCAAUCUGGUAAAACCCACUGAGGUGGCCAUCCUCAUUGACUCAAAUGGGAAAUUCAUUCAAGAAGAUAAACUCUUCCCCCAACACAAGGUGCGCAAAAUAUGGUGCCCAAAAACACAAGAUGCACUCCACAUCCUGUCCCAGCCUGACUUUGGCACACCAGGCCACAUUAUUAUUCACACCGGCACCAACAACCUGCGAGAGGAGCAGGAGAGAGUAGGCAGCCUGGUCAACAGAGUAGCAGAGAGGGCCUCUGAGUGGUUCCCCAACUCCCACAUCACCAUCUCCACUCUGCUGCCCCGCAAAGACUUUCAUCCCCGUACCAUCCAGAAAGCCAACGCUGACAUCACCAGAGGGUGUGGCCUACUCCCGAACAUACACAUUGCUCACCACCCAACAAUCACCCCAGAGCAUCUACACGACCACUCCCACCUGAGGAAGCAGACAGUAGGGAUGUUUGCCAAGUCCCUAAAGGACGUAGCACUUGGUAGACAAACACCCCAUGCUGUACUGGACAGAGGAGCACCCAGAGACCCCUACCAGACCACUGCACCACCAAGGAGCCCCAGGCCCCUUCAACGCCACACCAGACCCAGUGCACCCCACAGGCCCCACCCACCCCCAGAGCAUCACCACUUCCAUCGGCUUAGCCAGACCAGACCGGGCCCAGCCUAUUAUCCCGCACCAGACCACCACCCCUACCAGACCAGAGAGGAAGUCCCACAGCCCAGACCUGGCCCCCCUCCACCUCACAGGGCCCAACAGCAGGACCAGCGCAGCUACGCGGAGGUCGUCAGAGGACAGGAGAACCCUGUAGGAUUAAGUGAGAUUAAACAGCUCCUCCAAUACAUCUGCACUAAACUGCACUAAACACACACGGACGCAUACACACACACACACACACACACACACCUAUUGUACUAGAAUUUACUUGUUCAAUGAAUAGGAAUAUUUAACAGAAUAACAGAAUAAAUGUUAGCUGAUAUCCUGUUUAUCUCGCUCUUAACAACUUAUUAGUUAAUCGUUACUGUGUUUCUGACUGCUACUCCUUCUUUUUGCAACAUGAAAUCACUAUCAGUUAGCAUGUGGAACAUUCAGGGUCUAAACUCAUCAACCUUUGGUCUGAAGAGUUUAGCACUGGAGUUCAACAAAAAUCUGAAAGAUGUUGACGUCAUCAUUCUGCAGGAGACAUGGUGUAAGGCUGACGUUGUCACUCACUGUCCCACAGGCUACAGAGAGAUCAUUGUGCCAUCACAGAAACACAGCUCUGUCAAUAGAGGCAGAGACUCUGGAGGAUUGAUCAUUUGGUACAAAUCCGAACUACAAAAUCUAAUUGAUCCCCUCAAAAUUGGCAAAUACCACAUUUGGUUAAAACUAAAAAAAGAACUUGUACUGACAGGAAAAGAUGUGUUCCUUUGCGCAAUAUAUAUCCCCCCCUCAGAAUCCCCAUAUUACUCAGAGGAGAUCUUCCCCACCCUCGAGGAAGAGACGUGCCAUUUCCAGGCCCAGGGAAAUGUGCUCAUCUGUGGGGACACAAAUGCGCGCACAGGAACACUACCUGAUCUAACGAGCACACGAGGGGACAGCUUUAUUACAGACCAUACUGUUUCUAACUAUCUUAAUCUCCCCCAUAGAAACAACAGUGACAGCACCGUCAACAAAAACGGAAGGGAUCUUUUGCAGCUCUGUAGAAGCCUGGGUCUGUACUUUGUCAAUGGUAGGUUACGGGGGGACUCUUUGGGGAGAUUCACCUACUGCUCACCUCUUGGCCACAGUACAGUAGACUAUAUGAUCACAGACAUGGACCCUUUCUCUCUCAGCUCAUUCACUGUCAAGCCACUAACACCUCUGUCUGAUCACAGCCAAAUUACGUUGUUCCUCAAAAGAACAGACCUGGAAACAACCACACAUUCACAACCCAGUAAGCUGUACAACAUCAGAAAUUCAUACAGAUGGGCCCAAAACAGCACAGAAGAAUACCAGAAAGCAACCUGGAACCAAAAUAUCCAAACACUCUUAGAUAACUUUCUGGAUACCACAUUCACUCACAGUAAAGAAGGCAUCAAUCUAGCAGUACGAAACAUCAACUAUAUAUUCAGGCAAACGGCAAAAGAAGCACAAUUGAAAUUGAUAAAAAACAAAACUAAAAAAAUCACAGAUGACAACUGGUUUGAUGCAGAUUGUAAAAUUAUAAGGAAAAAACUUAGAACACUAUCCAACCAAAAGCACAGAGACUCAAAUAAUGGUGAAUUACGCCUUCAUUACUGUGAGACUUUAAAACUCUAUAAACGUACACUCAGAACCAAAAAAGCACAGUACAACAGCAAGCAGCUGACACUAAUUGAGGAGUCCAUAAACACAAACAACUUUUGGCAAAAUUGGAAAAAACUAAAAAAAUCUAAACAAGAGGAAUUAGCAAUACAAAAUGGUGACAUAUGGACAACCCAUUUCAAAACACUCUACAACACCGUUCAAAUUGACACAAACGCAGAACAACGCCAAAUCCAUGAGAAGUUGAAUGGAUUAGAAAAAGCUAUAAAGGACAAUCAAAACCCAUUGGACUCCCCAAUUACUGACCAGGAGCUCUAUAAGAAACUUCAGGCUCUCAAAUUUAAAAAAGCCUGCGGACCUGAUGGCAUCCUAAAUGAAAUGCUCAAACUCAUUAGUGCAAAAUUUCAAUUGGCUAUAUUAAAAUUGUUUAAUUUGAUCCUGAGUGUAGGUUAUUUCCCUGACAUCUGGAAUCAAGGACUCAUAACCCCAAUCUUUAAGAAUGGAGACAAAUUUGACCCUAACAAUUACAGAGGCAUUUGUGUGAACAGUAACCUGGGGAAGGUUUUCUGUAGUAUCAUCAAUGUAAGACUUCUAAACUUCCUUAAUAAGCACAAUGUCUUGAGUAAAAGCCAAAUUGGAUUUAUACCAAAACAUCGCACAACUGAUCAUAUUUACACCUUACACACCCUGAUAGAUAAACAUGUCCACCAAAAUAAUACCAAAAUAUACACUUGCUUUAUCGACUUCCAAAAAGCAUUUGAUUCUAUUUGGCAUACAGGACUGUUCUACAAAGUUAUUGAAAGUGGUGUAGGGGGUAAAACAUAUGACAUAAUUAAAUCAAUGUAUACUGGCAAUACGUGCAGCAUUAAAAUUGGUAAGAAAAGGACAGAAUUCUUUAACCAGGGGCGGGGCCUUCGUCAGGGUUGCAAUCUGAGCCCUGCACUCUUCAAUAUUUACAUUAACGAAUUGGCCACUAUUCUAGAAAAAUCCUCAGCCCCUGGUGUUAGUCUCCACAAUUCAGAAGUUAAAUGCCUACUCUUCGCAGAUGACCUAUGCCUGCUGUCACCCACAGCACCUGGCCUACAGCAGAGCCUGGACCUGCUAGAGCAGUACUGCCAGACCUGGGCCCUGGCAGUAAACCCCAAAAAGACUAAAAUAAUGAUUUUCCAGAGAAGAUCCAGAUCUCAGGGAAUUAGACCAAAGUUCUCAAUUGGUACAAAAUAUAUAGAGUACUGUACACACUACAAUUACUUAGGUUUAAAAAUAAGCUCAACUGGACACCUUAAUGAGGCAGUGAAUGAACUGAGAGAGAAAGCACGCAGGGCAUUCUACGCCAUUAAAAAGCAAAUUCAAAUUGAAAUACCUAUUAAAAUUUGGCUAAAACUAAUUGAAUAUGUCAUUGAACCAAUUGCACUUUAUGGCAGCGAGGUGUGGGGUCCACUUGCAAAACAAGAUUUCAUCAAAUGGGACAAACACCCCAUUGAAACCCUACAUGCAGAGUUCUGUAAGAUUCUCCUACGUGUCCAGAGGAAAACUACAAACAAUGCAUGCAGGGCAGAAUUAGGCCAAUAUCCACUAAUAAUAAAAACUCAAAAAAGAGCAAUUAAGUUUUGGAAACAUCUAAAAUACAGUGACCCCCUCUCAUAUCAUUACCAAGCCCUGCAAUGCCAAGAGCUGAGCAAAGAAAAGAGUCCCCUCAUCCAGCUGGUCCUGGGGCUGAGUUCACAAACCUGUUCUACUAACACACUGAAGCCUCAGGACCAGAACAUCCAAUCAAUCAGAAUAAACCAAAUUACAACACAGUCAAAACAAAACUACAUUGCUUAUUGGGAAACACAAGCACAAACACAAAGCAAAAUGCAGUGCUAUCUGGCCCUAAAUCGACAGUACACUAUGGCUAAAUAUUUGACCAUGGUUACUGAUCAAAACCUUAGAAAAACCUUGACAAAGUACAGGCUCAGUGAGCACAGCCUUGCCAUUGAGAAGGGUAGACACAGGAAAACCUGGCUCCCUGUAGAGGAAAGGCUGUGCAACCACUGCACAACAGCAGAACCUGAGACGGAGCUGCAUUUCCUGACAAAAUGUCAAAAAUAUAAAACAAUUAGAGAGUGUCAUUUCCCCAAAUUUGAAAUCCUUAUUCAAGGUUUUAAAGACCUCUCUGAUGAGGAUAGGCUACCCAUCCUGUUGGGGGAGGACGCAGAGAGCUGUGGGUUGGCAGCGCACUACAUUGCUGCCUGCCAUAAGUUGAGGGACAGUGUCUGACAGACCAAUAAACCUGCACAUGUCCUCAACUGUAUGAUUAUUGUUAUUGUUGAAUGUAUGGUUAUAUUGACCGUUGGUUAUUGUUGUUACUGUUGUCCCGUUGACAAUUUUUGAUUCUCAUUUUUAUUUAUUUUUUAUAUUGUAAAUAUCCAAAGUAAGCUUUGGCAAUAUGUACAUUGUUACGUCAUGCCAAUAAAGCGAAUUGAAUUGAAUUGAAUUGAAUUGAGAGAGAGAGAGAGAGAGAGAGAGAGAGAGAGAGAGAGAGAGAGAGAGAGAGAGAGAGAGAGAGAGAGAGAGAGAGAAGGAAUAAAUCACAGUGAAUAACGAACAAAACUAAUGAGUAAAAAUAACAUGGAUAUAUAUACAGGGAGUACAGUACCGAGUCGAUGUGCAGGGGUACCAGGUAAUUGAUGUAGAUAUGUACAUAUACUGUAGGUAGGGGUAAAGUGACUAGGCAACAGGAUAGAAAAUAGACAGUAGCAGCAGUGUAUGUGGUGAGUGUGAAAGUGUGUGUGUGUGAGUGUGUGGUGUCAGUUGUGGUGUGUGUGUGUGUGUGUGUGUGUGUGUGUGUGUGUGUGUGUGUGGUGUGUGUGUGUGUGUGUGUUGUGGUGUCAGUAGUGUGUGUGUGUGUGUGUGUGUGUGUGUGUGUGUGUGUUGUGGUGUCAAUAGUGUGUGUGUGUGUGUGUGUGUGUGUGUGUGUGUGUGGUGUGUGUGUGUGUGUGUGUGUGGUGUGUGUUGUGGUGUCAGUAGUGUGUGUGUGUGUGUGUGUGUGUGUGUGUGUGUGUGUGUUGUGGUGUCAGUGUAAGUACUGUAUGUGUGAGUGUGUGGGUAGAGUCCAGUGUGUGGUAGAGUCCAGUGUGUGUGUGCCUAGAGUCAGUGCAAGAUAGUUAGUUAAAAACAGGGUCAAUGCAGGUAGUCUGGGUAGCCAUUUGAUUAGCUAUUUAUCAGUCUUGUUUAGCAGUCUUAUGGCUUGGGGUGGAAGCUGUUCAGGGUCCUGUUGGUACCAGACAUGGUGCGCUGGUACCGCUUGCCGUGCGGUCGCAGAGAGAACACUCUAUGGCUUAGGUGGCUGGAGUCUUGUUUUUAAAAUGUGGGCACCGCCUGGUAUAGAGGUCCUGGACGGCAGGAAGCUUGGACCCAGUGAUGUACUGGGCCGUCCACACUACCCUCUUUAACGCCUUGCUAAUGAUAAUUAUUACCUACCAGCAACUACCUGUAUUAAUCUUUUUGACAGUGUUCCCUCUGGAUGUUCCUCAGAUAACAGUGUUCCCUCUGUAUGUUCCUCAGAUAACAGUGUUCCCUCUGUAUGUUCCUCAGAUAACAGUGUUCCCUCUGUAUGUUCCUCAGAUAACAGUGUUCCCUCUGGAUGUUCCUCAGAUAACAGUGUUCCCUCUGGAUGUUCCUCAGAUAACAGUGUUAUGUAUGGUGUCUUUAGGUUGAUAACAGUGUUAUGUAUGGUGUCUUUAGGUUGAUAACAGUGUUAUGUAUGGUGUCUUUAGGUUGAUAACAGUGUUAUGUAUGGUGUCUUUAGGUUGCCCAGACGUUCUACAUCACCAUACGGCCGGUGGAUGACUCCCUCCCCCUGCUGGUGGUUCCUGGUAUGAGGGUUCAGGAGGGGGUCAGGAAGACCAUCACUGAGUUUGAACUGAAGGCCACCGACGCUGACACAGAGGUAGGCUGGCAGACUGUCCAGCCACUACACACACCUCACUACUCAUAGUCACAGACAGAGAGGUAGUCUGGCAGACUGUCCAGCCACUACACACACCUCACUACUCAUAGUCACAGACAGAGAGGUAGUCUGGCUGGUCAGUACUAUUAGCCAGAGGUAGGCUGGCUGUCUGUUCCCUACAUACCUGUAAUGUUUUAAUCACUACACACACCUUCAGUGUUUUCAUUAUAACCAGAGGAGCAAUAAACUAAGAGUGAAAUGAACAGUUGCUUUGACUGAAUGCCAUUGUGUAUAGAGCUAAAUAGUAGCAGAAAGUACUAGAAGCUAUUUGAGCUUUACUUGGGGUGCUAUAUGGACCAGAUGAAGAAAAAUAAACUAAUUUCAAGCUCCUUGAUUAUGCUAAGUCAAGGCAACUUCCAGUUUAGAAAUUCAAAUCAGCAUGCCAGACUGUUCCUAGGGCUGCGUUGCCAGACUGUUCCUAGGGCUGCGUUGCCAGACUGUUCCUAGGGCUGCGUUGCCAGACUGUUCCUAGGGAUGCGUUGCCAGACUGUUCCUAGGGCUGCGUUGCCAGGCUGUUCCUAGGGCUGCGUUGCCAGACUGUUCCUAGGGCUGCGUUGCCAGACUGUUCCUAGGGCUGCGUUGCCAGACUGUUCCUAGGGCUGCGUUGCCAGAAUGUUCCUAGGGCUGCGUUACCAGACUGUUCCUAGGGCUGCGUUGCCAGACUGUUCCUAGGGCUGCGUUGCCAGACUGUUCCUAGGGCUGCGUUGCCAGACUGUUCCUAGGGCUGCGUUGCCAGACUGUUCCUAGGGCUGCGUUGCCAGACUGUUCUGAGGGCUGCGUUGCCAGACUGUUCCUAGGGCUGCGUUGCCAGACUGUUCCUAGGGCUGCGUUGCCAGACUGUUCCUAGGGCUGCGUUGCCAGACUGUUCCUAGGGCUGCGUUGCCAGACUGUUCUGAGGGCUGCGUUGCCAGACUGUUCCUAGGGCUGCGUUGCCAGACUGUUCCUAGGGCUGCGUUGCCAGACUGUUCCUAGGGCUGCGUUGCCAGACUGUUCCUAGGGCUGCGUUGCCAGACAGUUCCUAGGGCUGCGUUGCCAGACUGUUCCUAGGGCUGCGUUGCCAGACUGUUCCUAGGGCUGCGUUGCCAGACUGUUCCGAGGGCUGCGUUGCCAGACUGUUCCUAGGGCUGCGUUGCCAGACUGUUCCUAGGGCUGCGUUGCCAGACUGUUCCUAGGGCUGCGUUGCCAGACUGUUCCUAGGGCUGCGUUGCCAGACUGUUCUGAGGGCUGCGUUGCCAGACUGUUCCUAGGGCUGCGUUGCCAGACUGUUCCUAGGGCUGCGUUGCCAGACUGUUCCUAGGGCUGCGUUGCCAGACUGUUCCUAGGGCUGCGUUGCCAGACAGUUCCUAGGGCUGCGUUGCCAGACUGUUCCUAGGGCUGCGUUGCCAGACUGUUCCUAGGGCUGCGUUGCCAGACUGUUCCUAGGGCUGCGUUGCCAGACUGUUCCUAGGGCUGCGUUGCCAGACUGUUCUUAGGGCUGCGUUGCCAGACUGUUCCUAGGGCUGCGUUGCCAGACUGUUUCUUAGGGCUGCGUUGCCAGACUGUUCCUAGGGCUGCGUUGCCAGACUGUUCUUAGGGCUGCGUUGCCAGACUGUUCCUAGGGCUGCGUUGCCAGACUGUUCUUAGGGCUUGCGUUGCCAGACUGUUCCUAGGGCUGGCGUUGCCAGACUGUUCCUAGGGCUGCGUUGCCAGACUGUUCCUAGGGGCCUGCGUUGCCAGACUGUUCCUAGGGCUGCGUUGCCAGACUGUUCUGAGGGCUGCGUUGCCAGACUGUUCUGAGGGCUGCAUUGCCAGACUGUUCCUAGGGCUGCGUUGCCAGACUGUUCUGAGGGCUGCGUUGCCAGACUGUUCUGAGGGCUGCAUUGCCAGACUGUUCCUAGGGCUGCGUUGCCAGACUGUUCCUGAGGGCUGCGUUGCCAGACUGUUCUGAGGGCUGCGUUGCCAGACUGUUCCUAGGGCUGCGUUGCCAGACUGUUCCUAGGGCUGCGUUGCCAGACUGUUCCUGAGGGCUGCGUUGCCAGAACUGUUCCUAGGGCUGCGUUGCCAGACUGUUCCUAGGGCUGCGUUGCCAGACUGUUUCCUAGGGCUGCGUUGCCAGACUGUUCCUAGGGCUGCGUUGCCAGACUGUUUCCUAGGGCUGCGUUGCCAGACUGUUCCUAGGGCUGCGUUGCCAGACUGUUCCUAGGGCUGCGUUGCCAGACUGUUCCUAGGGCUGCGUUGCCAGACUGUUCCUAGGGCUGCGUUGCCAGACUGUUCCUAGGGCUGCGUUGCCAGACUGUUCCUAGGGCUGCGUUGCCAGACUGUUCCUAGGGCUGCGUUGCCAGACUGUUCCUAGGGCUGCGUUGCCAGACUGUUCCUAGGGCUGCGUUGCCAGACUGUUCCUAGGGCUGCGUUGCCAGACUGUUCUGAGGGCUGCGUUGCCAGACUGUUCCUAGGGCUGCGUUGCCAGACUGUUCCUAGGGCUGCGUUGCCAGACUGUUCCUAGGGCUGCGUUGCCAGACUGUUCCUAGGGCUGCGUUGCCAGACUGUUCCUAGGGCUGCGUUGCCAGUUACUUUCAGAUGUUCUAGGCUCUGCGUUCUGGCGUUGCCAGACUGUUCUAGGGCGCGUUGCCAGACUGUUCUAGGCUGCGUUGCCAACUGUUCCUAGGGCUGCGUUGCCAGACUGUUCCUAGGGCUGCGUUGCCAGACUGUUCUGAGGGCUGCGUUGCCAGACUGUUCUGAGGGCUGCGUUGCCAGACUGUUCCUAGGGCUGCGUUGCCAGACUGUUCCUAGGGCUGCGUUGCCAGACUGUUCCUAGGGCUGCGUUGCCAGACUGUUCUGAGGGCUGCGUUGCCAGACUGUUCUGAGGGCUGCAUUGCCAGACUGUUCCUAGGGCUGCGUUGCCAGACUGUUCUGAGGGCUGCGUUGCCAGACUGUUCUGAGGUGCAUUGAGACUGUUCUAGGCUUUGCCAGACUGUUCUGAGGCUGCGUUGCCAGACGUUCUGAGGGCUGCAUUGCCAGACUGUUCCUAGGCUGCGUUGCCAGACUGUUCCUAGGGCUGCGUUGCCAGACUGUUCUGAGGGCUGCGUUGCCAGACUGUUCCUAGGGCUGCGUUGCCAGACUGUUCCUAGGGCUGCGGUUGCCAGACUGUUCCUAGGGCUGCGUUGCCAGACUGUUCCUAGGGCUGCGUUGCCAGACUGUUCCUAGGGCUGCGUUGCCAGACUGUUCCUAGGGCUGCGUUGCCAGACUGUUCCUAGGGCUGCGUUGCCAGACUGUUCCUAGGGCUGCGUUGCCAGACAGUUCCUAGGGCUGCGUUGCCAGACUGUUCCUAGGGCUGCGUUGCCAGACUGUUCCUAGGGCUGCGUUGCCAGACUGUUCCUAGGGCUGCGUUGCCAGACUGUUCCUAGGGCUGCGUUGCCAGACAGUUCCUAGGGCUGCGUUGCCAGACUGUUCCUAGGGCUGCGUUGCCAGACUGUUUCGGCUGCGUUGCCAGACUGUUCUGAGGGCUGCGUUGCCAGACUGUUCCUUGGGCUGCGUUGCCAGACUGUUCCUAGGGCUGCGUUGCCAGACUGUUCCUAGGGCUGCGUUGCCAGACAGUUCCUAGGGCUGCGUUGCCAGACUGUUCCUAGGGCUGCGUUGCCAGACUGUUCCUAGGGCUGCGUUGCCAGACUGUUCCUAGGGCUGCGUUGCCAGACUGUUCCUAGGGCUGCGUUGCCAGACUGUUCCUAGGGCUGCGUUGCCAGACUGUUCCUAGGGCUGCAUUGCCAGACUGUUCCUAGGGCUGCAUUGCCAGACUGUUCCUAGGGCUGCGUUGCCAGACUGUUCUUAGGGCUGCGUUGCCAGACUGUUCCGAGGGCUGCGUUGCCAGACUGUUCUGAGGGCUGCGUUGCCAGACUGUUCUGAGGGCUGCGUUGCCAGACUGUUCCUAGGGCUGCGUUGCCAGACUGUUCCUAGGGCUGCGUUGCCAGACUGUUCUGAGGGCUGCAUUGUCGUAGUCUUGUCGCCCUCAGUAAAGUAGCCAUGAUUAAACUCUUAAUGGACAAUAUCUAUCACUAAACUGUUCCAUUCUGACACAAAUGCCUAAACAUAACAUAAAUAAAUGGAAACAAUGACUUCUCUCUUUUCCCUCCCUCCCUCCCUCCCUCCCUCCCUCCCUCCCUCCCUCCCUCAGGAGGAGUCCAUCACCUUCACCAUAGUCCAGACUCCCCGCCACGGCACCAUUGAGCGGACCAACAACGGACAGCACUACCGUCAGACCAAUAGCUUCACUAUGGAUGACAUCUACCAGAACAGAAUCAGCUACAACCACGAUGGCUCCAACUCACUGAAGGACAGAUUCACCUUCACUGUAGCUGACGGGACCAACGUCUUCUUUAUGGUGGAGGAGGCGGGCAAAGAGGUGAGGAGAGGAGGGUGUGUCUCUCUCUCUCUGUCUCUCUCUCUGUCUCGGUCUGUCUCUCUCUCUCUGUCUGUAUCUCUCUCUCUCUGUCUCUCUCUCGGUCUGUCUCUCUCUGUCUCUCUCUCUCGGUCUGUCUCUCUCUCUCUGUCUGUAUCUCUCUCUCUCUGUCUGUCUCUGUCUCUCUCUGUCUGUAUCUCUCUCUCUCUCAGUUUCUCUCUCUGUCUGUCUGUCUCUCGCUCUUUCAUAACUCCCUCUUCCUGCCUCUGUCAUUGUGUAGGUGUUGACGGCUGCACCACAGAAGUUUAAAAUAGACAUUCAGCCAGUGGAUGAUGGAACACCUCGUAUCGUCACAAACCUGGGUCUGCAGUGGCUGGAGUACAUGGACAACAAGGUAAACACCAUACUAUAUCAUACCAUACAAUACCACACAAUAUAAUACCACACAUUUACAUUUUAGUCAUUUAGCAGACGCUCUUAUCCAGAGCGACUUACAGUUAGUGAGUGCAUACAUUAUUUUUUUAUUUUUCAUACUGGGAAUCGAACCCACAACCCUGGCGUUGCAAACGCCAUGCUCUACCAACUGAGCUACAUCCCUGCCGGCCAUUCCCUCCCCUACCCUGGACGACGCCGGGCCAACUGUGCGCCGCCCCAUGGGUCUCCCGGUCACGGCCGGCUACGACAGAGCCUGGAUUCGAACCAGGAUCUCUAGUGGCACAGCUAUCACUGCAUCGCAGUGCCUUAGACCACUGCGCCACUCGGGAGUACACCAUACCAUAUCAUACCACAUCAUAUAAUACCACACCACACCACACCAUACCAUAUAAUACCACACCACACCAUACCAUAUAAUACCACACCACACCAUACCAUAUCAACCACACCACACCAUAACCAGAUAAUACCACAUCAUAUAAUACCACACCACACCACACCAUACCAUAUAAUACCACACCACACCAUACCAUAUAAUACCACACCACACCACACCAUACCAUAUCAUACCACAUCAUAUAAUACCACACCACACAACACCAUACCAUAUAGACACACCAUACCAUACCAUUAAGACCAACACAAUACCAUACAGAUAAUAACCACACCACACCACACCAUAUAAUACCACACCACACCACACCAUACCAUAUAAUAGACCACACCACACCAUACCAUACCAUAUAGACCACACCUACCAAACCCCAUAUAAUACCACACCACGACCACACCAUAUAAUACCACACCACACCACCAUACCAAUAUAAAGACAAACACCACACCACCACCCACACCAUAUAAUACCACACCAUACCACACCAUAUAAUACCACACCACACCACACCAUAUAAUACCACACCACACCACACCAUAUAAUACCACACCACACCACACCAUAUAAUACCACACCACACCACACCAUACCAUAUAAUACCACACCAUACCACACCAUGUAAUACCACACCACACCAUACCAUACCACACCAUAUAAUACCACACCACACCAUAUCAUACUACUACCAUACUAGUGCACUACUUUUGACCAGGCCCAUGCUAGUCACCUGCUACUAGGUUUCACUAUUUUCUGUCAUUGUGGGUAUGCACUUGUUUACAAUAACAACAUACAGUGUAAAUAUAGGAAAUAUUUUAUUUUACAUAAUGAAGGACAAUUUGAUUGUUAGGUAAUUAAAUAUUUUGGGAAAAUGCUGUGUGCAACUAUAAUGAAUAUACUGUGACUUUGUGCGCUAGCCUCUUUUUGACAGUCUUUUGCCAUCAGUAGUAGUGACCCAUCACACAGCAGGCCUAUCUGCAUUCCGUUUGUGUUACGCUACCUCCCCCUACUGGUCUUUGAUGGAGUAACAUAUGGAAUUUAAUUAAACCCCGUCUCUCACGUUGAUUUCCAGAGCACUAUACUAUGUAUGUGGUUUGAGGAGUUAGCGAGUUAACUUUGGUCUACUCUGAGUUCAACUCGGGAUAACCACGAAAGUGGCUCACCUUUUAGCCAGGUACAUUUAUAUGGCAACGAAUCCUUCAGAACUAACCUGCUCCGGGGCAUCCUGAAUGAAGUGUCUGGGCCGCAAGUUGAAGACACUAACAACAUAUUUGAUUAAUCAAAUCAAAUGUAUUUGUGUGUUAAAAAUAUUAAAGUUAAAAUACUAAUUACAUUACACAUUUAGUAAUGACAUAAUGCAUUUCAAACUUCACGCACAGUAAAAUGUUUGUAUGACUUAAAAAUAUAUAUUUUAUCGAUAGAAGUGGGGAAAAAGGUGCUCGUGCUUUGAUAAGCACACCAAAGAUGGCAUUAAUGAUAAGCAAUAAAAUAAAGACUGCACUUCUAAAAGCCUAUUUCACACCAUAUCCUGCUGAAUGUGCAAGAUAACUGUUCUUUCAUUUUGAUCUCGACAUAAAUGAAAACGCGGCACUGAUUCGCGCAUGGAUGAAUGUUUCAGCAUUGUAGCAAUGAAAGACUUCGGCGUUCGACCAGCCACGUGCCCAAUCACAAGCCUGCUAGGCUGCUGGAGUUAGCAGCAGGCAGAUGAGCAAUAUCCACCAUCGGAGUAUGGAUGAAGCCUGAGCUGGAAUGUGAAGCCAGCUGCACUGCAGCUGGCUAACUGCAGCCGGCUAGCUUUAGAAAACCUUAAGUAGAUCGUAGCAUACGCCUCUGGACAAUAAACUUGAUUGAUUGAUUGAUUAAUGUAUUGCCUGACUGACUGACUGACUGACUGACUGGUUGCUUGCUUGUUUGUUUCAUUGACUGACUAACUGACUGACUGACUGUCUGACUGAUUGCUUUUUAUUUCUAGACUAUAACUGAUUGAUUGAUUGAUUGACUGACUGACUGAGUUGUAUUACUAGACUAUAACUGAUUGAUUGAUGGAUCGAGUGAUUGAUUGACUGACUGAAUUAUUGAUUGAUUGACGUUGCAGGCCACCAACCUGAUCAGUAAGAAGGAGCUGUUGACCAUGGACCCGGACACAGACGAUGGUCAGCUGGUCUAUGAAGUCACAGCAGAGCCUAAACACGGCUUCCUGGAGAGCAAACUAAAGCCAGGUGCUCCUAUCACCUCCUUCACACAAGGUAUGGUGUGUGUGUGUAUGUGUGUGUGUGUGUGUGUGUGUGUGUGUGUGUGCACAGGGCAGUGCACAGCACUUUCACUGGGUAGGAGCUCAAACUGGAACCCCUUCCCCCCAUCACUUUAAAAAAACACAAUUCUAAUAAUUAAGAUCCCUAAAUUCAUAAUAUACCAAAUGCGUCUGUGGCAACACAUAAUUUUAUUUUCAGCGUAGGCCUAUUUAUUUUCUCCAACACCAACGCUCACUCAUCACAAAUCAUAACAACCUAGUUACAGUGCCUCCUAAUGACAUGAUUGACAUGGUGAAAGGAGGGUGGGCUAUCAGGUGAUUAUUGACGUUGAUGAUUGAUGUAAAUCUGCUAGUUAGCUAGUUAUCUACUGAUUGUGAUUAAUCUUUCAUGCUCUUAAAUAAUAACUUAAGAUAAUAUUCAUAAUUUUCUAACUCAAGAUAUAUGGCUGGCUGGCUAGUGGCUUGUGUGGAUAUUUUAGUAUAUGACGGUUAGUUAGAGUUUAGACUACCUGUGUUGCUGCUGCCGACUGAGGAAGUUGGGUCUGAGCGAGGGUCGUUGAAGCAGCCGCUCCUCUCUGUGUUUCUGCCUCUCUCUGCUGCCAGACCGAAUGUUGACGAUGAGGUAAAUCAAGUGAUAUGUUAAUCACGCGUUAUGCUGCUGUGGCAAUACUGUUAAUAUUUCAACUAGGUAGCUAGCUACCGUAAAACCUCAAUUAAACGCGAAGUCUCAAAUAGCGGCCUGUCCCUUUUAAUAGCCGGGCAAUGACAUUUCAGGAAAAUAUAACGCCUGUUUCAAAUAAAUGGCUGUUUCAAAUAAAUGCCGGGUCUAAAUGAAUUGUUUACGAGGUUAACAUGAAAUACCAUGUGUUGUUUACGAGGUUUAAUGUUUGAUUUCACAUUAAAUAAUUCAGUAAUGACUCAGAAAAAUUAUUGCAAUCAUCCGUUUUUAUCGCCAGUAAGAAACUGCUAGCCUUUGGCUGCUAACAGCUGAAAACUGCUAGCUGAGAACUGCUAGCUAACUGGCAAGCACAAAAACAGUCAACAGCUUCGGGAGUACAGAACCCUAGAAAUCAGACAGUCGCCCUCUAGUGGCAAAAGUAAGAACUGACGAAAAUGCACAGUCGAAAAGGAAAAUAAUUAUUCUGUCAAGGAAAAGUUUUUUUUUUUUUUUAAAUAGACACAUUAUAACACAUUAUAACACAGUGCAGAAAAUUAAGAAAUGUAGUAAAAUGCUGGAAGUGAAUGCUGAAAUUAAACAAUUAACUAUGCAUGGGAGGCUGGGAGCCAUUUAUGUGUUGUUGUAGGUUGUAUUUCUUACCUGUUAGCUAGUGAUAGGUAGUAGUCUCGGAAACCCCAGACCUUGAGCAACAGCACUAGGUUUGGGGAGGAUGUCAGAUUCUCUUGGACAUUUCGGGAAGAAAAACAAUUCUGGGGAGGGUCCUCUUCAGACAGGAAACUCCCCCAACAAAUCACGAGUUUCGGUAGUAGGACCAAGCCUGAAAAAUCAAACUCUUUCCAUAGGACAUCUCAGAACGUCUCGAUUCGAAACCAAAGUUUGCAGGCAAAACCUGCAGGGGUUUAGUAAUAGAUGAUGCAAACUAGCAAAAUGCACUCAUUAAAAAUAACCUUUGCAUUUUCCAUCUCGCUAGCUAGCUAGCUACUACUUUGUGUCUGGCAGGGAUGUUUACGCUAGGGCAACAAGUGGAAAAGGCGAUAAUGUCACCGGAUACGGCAGUGACGGGACUUCCCUGUUCCAAUUCCUCUCUGUCCCAACUGGACGUGUAUGCUGGAACAUUGGUACAUUGUGGGAGGCAACCCAUCUGUCUAGAUAGUAGUGAUAGUGAUGCUAGGCCUAUUUGAAACAUCCCCAUUUCCUGGCAAUGUUUACCUGCCAGAUUCAGAAGUUUGAAAACCCCAUUCGAUUUUUUUGAGGGUUGAAAACCUCAUAACAUUUUUGCCCAAAGUUUAGAAGAAAAAUAAAUUAAACUGAACAUAAUUUAUGUUUUUUUUAUUUUAUUUUGUUUUGUUUUGGUGUCGAAGAUAAUAGUUUCAGUAUAGUUGUAGUUUUUCAAACGUGCUUCUUAAUUUUUUUUCUUCAGUUUACUAAAUUGUUUUUACAUGAUUUGAUGAUUUCACAUAAUUAUUGACCACAACCACUCAACUACUGACCACAACCACACAACUACUGACCACAACCACACAACUACUGACCAAAACCUGUUUUAGUUUCAGUUUUAGUUUACUAUAAUAACCUUUGACCAUCACCUAAAAGGGCACUUGGUGAGUGGGAGGACAAAAGGGCAUGUACUGGGCACAGGUUGACUCCUCCUACCUGUACACGUGCCCUGGUGUACUCACCAGAGUGACCAAACAAAACAUUCAAUCUGAUCAUUUUCUUCUUCUUCAGUGAUUUCUGCAAACAAUUAUUUUCUAUGACGGACGUCUUACAGUUUGUCCCUUUAACGCAAGUAAUGUUGUUCUAACGUCGUCCUAACAUUGUGUUAACUUCGUCCCCUGCCCUCCAGCCGACAUUAACCUGGGCUUGAUCCGCUACGUGCUCCACGAGGAGAGCGUGACAGAGACCAUGGACAACUUCAAGUUCCUGGUGAAGGACAGCAAGCCCAACGUUGUCUCUGAUAACCUCUUCCAUAUCCAGUGGUCGCUCAUCAGCUUCCAACACAGGAGGUGAGAGAGACAUAUUUGCUGUCGCAAGUAUGGCCCAGAGAUUUUUCCUUGACCAUGUGACUGGAAUGGGGAGAAACUUCAGGCUCUUCCUGAACUAAUUCAAAACGAUCGUGAAAAACAUGUGUAUGUUUAAGACUUCCAUCUUCAUGGGUUGGGCUGCUUCAGGAUCUGGCCGCAGUUUUACGCAAUUCCCUCCUCUCAUUGGCCACAAAGUCCAUUUCAGCUAUUGUACUGUAAUUGUAUCUCUCAAAGCUAUAUGUCUAUGUGACUGAGGCCAUCUCUGUUCCCCUCCCAUACAGCUACAACGUGAGUGAGAAGGCUGGCACGGUGUCGGUCACAGUGAAGAGGACGGGCAACCUGAACCAGUAUGCCAUCGUGCUGUGUCGUACUGAGCAGGGCACUGCCACCUCUACCUCCAGCGUGGGCUCUCGUCCCGGGCAGCAGGACUAUGUGGAGUACGCUGGACAGGUACGGGCAACACUACACUGGCAUCGCCACCUUGGCAUUGCCAAUUAAAGGUACCGGGCAUUAUUAUACAGAGGAUACUAACUUGAGAUAAGGUUAAUCGAGUCUCAUUGGUAAAUCAAAGCACUUUUUUCCCUACACAGAUUUGUUUUUUUCUUUCCUUUUCUCUUCAGCUUAGAUAUGCAGAUUUGUGAUACAAUAUAAAAGCACAACAGGAUAAAUGAGACAUUUCAUGUACAUUGUGUGUAGACGAAAAGGCCACACAAUGUGAAACCUCUCUACUCUCUCUCUCCUCCCCCCAGGUCCAGUUUGACGAGCGGGAGGACACCAAGGUGUGUACCAUAGUGAUCCAGGAUGACAAGGUGUUUGAGGGCGUGGAGAGUUUCCAGGUGGAGCUGAGCAUGCCCGUCUACGCCCUCCUGGGUCAGGUGACCCGCGCCAGCGUCAACAUCAACGACACCGAGGACGAACCCACGCUGCAGUUUGACAAGAAGACCUACCAUAUCAACGAGAGUACCGGCUUCAUACACGUCCCCAUAGAGAGGAAAGGUAUUAACCCUAAACCUAACAAACUAGUAUGUACAUAACCUUACCCCUACCAUGUCAACCAGUACCGUCUUCAUACAGGAUCCAAUAGAAAGGAAAGGCAAGGAGGAUACUAACCCUAAACCUAUAUGGAAGGUCCAAAAAUGCUAUCUGGACAUGAACCCCUGAAGGUCCAAUAAUCAUAUCUAGGAGGACCAAAAAGUCCAAGAAUGUUAUCUGGGACCCCAAGGUUCAAGGAUUCUAGGAUCCUAUCUGGGGGGAUCUUGAGCACCCCACCACAAUAUCUGAAAUUCAAUUAAAAAAUACUUGUAUAAUAAACAAUGGCCAAUUUUCAAUUGAGGAAGUGAUUGAAUUGAACAUUUGAUUGACCUCAUUGACCCUGUUCAGGAGGGCAACCCUAAUCCAUUCUUCUCCUCCCUCUCCCCCUCUUCCUUCCCUCCUCUCUUCCUCCUCCCCUCUCCUGCCUCCCUUCACCCCCACCUCUCCAUGUUCUCUCCCUUCCUUCACCCCCACCUCUCCAUGUUCUCUCCCUCCCUUCACCCCCACCUCUCCAUGUUCUCUCCCUCCCUUCACCCCCACCUCUCCAUGUUCUCUCCCUCCCUUCACCCCCACCUCUCCAUGUUCUCUCCCUCCCUUCACCCCCACCUCUCCAUGUUCUCUCCCUCCCUUCACCCCCACCUCUCCAUGUUCUCUCCCUCCCUUCACCCCCACCUCUCCAUGUUCUCUCCCUCCCUUCACCCCCACCUCUCCAUGUUCUCUCCCUUUACCCCCACCUCUCCAUGUUCUCUCCCUUUGCCCCCACCUCUCCAUGUUCUCUCCCUCCCUUCACCCCCACCUAUCCAUGUUCUCUCCCUCCCUUCACCCCCACCUCUCCAUGUUUUCUCCCUUCCUUCACCCCCACCUCUCCAUGUUCUCUCCCUCCAGGUGACACCAGCAGUACGGUCUCAGCUCUCUGUUACACGGUCUCUAAGUCAGCUAAGGGUAGCAGUCUACACGCCCUGGAGUCUGGUUCUGACUAUAAGAGUCGAGGUAUGACUGGUGACAGCAGGGUCAUCUUCGGCCCCGGCGUCUCCAUGUCCACCUGCGACGUCCAGCUCAUCGAUGACAGCGAAUACGAACUCUCCGAGGAGUUUGAGCUCCGACUAUCGGACGCCUCGGAUAACGCCCGCAUGGGUGAUGUUAAAGUGGCGAAGGUGGUCAUUGACGGGCCAAAUGAUGCUUCAACGGUAUCCCUGGGCAACGCUACGUUUACGUUCAGUGAGGACGCCGGUGAGAGAUUAUAUAGGCUCACAACAAGUUAUAAAGACGUAUAAGCAGUUAUUAAGCAGUAUACCUGCAGGAAAGUGUUACUGAGAUAGUUAUAUCUCUAGUGACUUUACAAUCUACAACCUCAGAUUUUGGGUUAUGCUAGAGCAGGGAUGGGAACUCCAGUCCUCGGGGGCUGGAGUGAUGUCACACGUUUUCCCCAUCCCCUAGCAAACACAGCUGAUUAAACUAAGCUGAUGAUCAUGAUUAGUUGAUUAUUAGAGUCAGGUGUGUUAGCUGGGACUGGGGCAAAAGUGUGACACCAAUCAGGCCUCCGAGGACUGGAGUUGCCCAUCCCUGUGCUAGAGUAAAACAGUUUUAUUAAGCUCAUAAGGUAUUUCUAAGUUCUAUUCUUCAAGAAUCAAUAGAUAUACUGUAUAUCAAUGCUUGAAUUAACCAUUGGAGAGCAGGAAGUAUAUCUAACCUCUGACCUCUAACCUUAAACCCCCUAACAUCUGACCCUUGACCUCCAGGCACCAUAGAGAUUCUGGUGUUGCGGCAGGGGAGUGACCUGUCGUCGGUGACCUCUGUGUGGUGUGCCACACGCCCCUCUGACCCUCCCUCAGCCACCCCCGGGGUCGACUACAUCCCCUCCUCCAAGAAGGUGGAGUUCAAAGCUGGCAAGACUAUGGAGGUAAAGAAGAGAGGCAUCUUUUUUUAUUUACCUUUCUUUUAACGGGGAGUCCCAUUGAGACCAAGGUCUCUUUAUCAAGGAGUCCCAUUGAGACCAAGGUCUCUUUAUCAAGGAGUCCCAUGGAGACCAAGGUCUCUUUAACAGGGAGUCCCAUUGAGACCAAGGUCUCUUUUAACAAGGAGUCCCAUGGAGACCACGAUCUCUUUAUCAAGGAGUCCCAUGGAGACCACGAUCUCUUUAUCAAGGAGUCCCAUGGAGACCAAGGUCUCUUUAUCAAGGAGUCCCAUGGAGACCAAGGUCUCUUUAUCAAGGAGUCCCAUGGAGACCACGAUCUCUUUAUCAAGGAGUCCCAUGGAGACCAAGGUCACUUUAUCAAGGAGUCCCAUGGAGACCAAGGUCUCUUUAUCAAGGAGUCCCAUGGAGACCAAGGUCUCUUUAUCAAGGAGUCCCAUGGAGACCACGAUCUCUUUAUCAAGGAGUCCCAUGGAGACCAAGGUCUCUUUAUCAAGGAGUCCCAUGGAGACCAAGGUCUCUUUAUCAAGGAGUCCCAUGGAGACCAAGGUCUCUUUAUCAAGGAGUCCCAUGGAGACCAAGGUCUCUUUAUCAAGGAGUCCCAUGGAGACCACGAUCUCUUUAUCAAGGAGUCCCAUGGAGACCACGAUCUCUUUAUCAAGGAGUCCCAUGGAGACCAAGGUCUCUUUAUCAAGGAGUCCCAUGGAGACCAAGGUCUCUUUAUCAAGGAGUCCCAUGGAGACCAAGGUCUCUUUAUCAAGGAGUCCCAUGGAGACCACGAUCUCUUUAUCAAGGAGUCCCAUGGAGACCAAGGUCUCUUUAUCAAGGAGUCCCAUGGAGACCAAGGUCUCUUUAUCAAGGAGUCCCAUGGAGACCACGAUCUCUUUAUCAAGGAGUCCCAUGGAGACCAAGGUCUCUUUAUCAAGGAGUCCCAUGGAGACCAAGGUCUCUUUAUCAAGGAGUCCCAUGGAGACCAAGGUCUCUUUAUCAAGGAGUCCCAUGGAGACCAAGGUCUCUUUAUCAAGGAGUCCCAUGGAGACCACGGUCUCUUUAUCAAGGAGUCCCAUGGAGACCAAGGUCUCUUUAUCAAGGAGUCCCAUGGAGACCAAGGUCUCUUUAUCAAGGAGUCCCAUGGAGACCAAGGUCUCUUUAUCAAGGAGUCCCAUGGAGACCAAGGUCUCUUUAUCAAGGAGUCCCAUGGAGACCAAGGUCUCUUUAUCAAGGAGUCCCAUGGAGACCAAGGUCUCUUUAUCAAGGAGUCCCAUGGACCAAGGUCCUCUUUAUCAAGGAGUCCCAUGAGACCAAGGCCUCUUUAUCAAGGAGUCCCAUGGAGACCAAGGUCUCUUUUAACAAGGAGUCCCAUGGAGACCAAGGUCUCUUUAUCAAGGAGUCCCAUGGAGACCAAGGUCUCUUUAUCAAGGAGUCCCAUGGAGACCAAGGUCUCUUUAACGGGGAGUCCCAUGGAGACCAAGGUCUCUUUAUCAAGGAGUCCCAUGGAGACCACGGUCUCUUUAUCAAGGAGUCCCAUGGAGACCAAGUUCUCUUUAUCAAGGAGUCCCAUGGAGACCAAGGUCUCUUUAUCAAGGAGUCCCAUGGAGACCAAGGUCUCUUUAUCAAGGAGUCCCAUGGAGACCAAGGUCUCUUUAUCAAGGAGUCCCAUGGAGACCAAGGUCUCUUUAUCAAGGAGUCCCAUGGAGACCAAGGUCUCUUUAUCAAGGAGUCCCAUGGAGACCAAGGUCUCUUUAUCAAGGAGUCCCAUGGAGACCAAGGUCUCUUUAUCAAGGAGUCCCAUUGAGACCACGGUCUCUUUAUCAAGGAGUCCCAUGGAGACCAAGGUCUCUUUAUCAAGGAGUCCCAUGGAGACCAAGGUCUCUUUAUCAGGGAGUCCCAUGGAGACCAAGGUCUCUUUAACAGGGAGUCCCAUGGAGACCAAGGUCUCUUUAUCAAGGAGUCCCAUGGAGACCAAGGUCUCUUUAUCAAGGAGUCCCAUGGAGACCAAGGUCUCUUUAUCAAGGAGUCCCAUUGAGACCACGAUCUCUUUAUCAAGGAGUCCCAUGGAGACCAAGGUCUCUUUAUCAAGGAGUCCCAUGGAGACCAAGGUCUCUUUAUCAAGGAGUCCCAUGGAGACCAAGGUCUCUUUAUCAUGGAGUCCCAUGGAGACCAAGGUCUCUUUAUCAAGGAGUCCCAUGGAGACCAAGGUCUCUUUAUCAGGGAGUCCCAUGGAGACCACGGUCUCUUUAACAGGGAGUCCCAUGGAGACCAAGGUCUCUUUAUCAAGGAGUCCCAUGGAGACCAAGGUCUCUUUAACAGGGAGUCCCAUGGAGACCAAGGUCUCUUUAUCAAGGAGUCCCAUGGAGACCACGAUCUCUUUAUCAAGGAGUCCCAUGGAGACCAAGGUCUCUUUAUCAAGGAGUCCCAUGGAGACCAAGGUCUCUUUAUCAAGGAGUCCCAUUGAGACCAAGGCCUCUUUAUCAAGGAGUCCCAUGGAGACCAAGGUCUCUUUUAACAAGGAGUCCCAUGGAGACCAAGGUCUCUUUAUCAAGGAGUCCCAUGGAGACCAAGGUCUCUUUAUCAAGGAGUCCCAUGGAGACCAAGGUCUCUUUAACGGGGAGUCCCAUGGAGACCAAGGUCUCUUUAUCAAGGAGUCCCAUGGAGACCACGGUCUCUUUAUCAAGGAGUCCCAUGGAGACCAAGUUCUCUUUAUCAAGGAGUCCCAUGGAGACCAAGGUCUCUUUAUCAAGGAGUCCCAUGGAGACCAAGGUCUCUUUAUCAAGGAGUCCCAUGGAGACCAAGGUCUCUUUAUCAAGGAGUCCCAUGGAGACCAAGGUCUCUUUAUCAAGGAGUCCCAUGGAGACCAAGGUCUCUUUAUCAAGGAGUCCCAUGGAGACCAAGGUCUCUUUAUCAAGGAGUCCCAUGGAGACCAAGGUCUCUUUAUCAAGGAGUCCCAUUGAGACCACGGUCUCUUUAUCAAGGAGUCCCAUGGAGACCAAGGUCUCUUUAUCAAGGAGUCCCAUGGAGACCAAGGUCUCUUUAUCAGGGAGUCCCAUGGAGACCAAGGUCUCUUUAACAGGGAGUCCCAUGGAGACCAAGGUCUCUUUAUCAAGGAGUCCCAUGGAGACCAAGGUCUCUUUAUCAAGGAGUCCCAUGGAGACCAAGGUCUCUUUAUCAAGGAGUCCCAUUGAGACCACGAUCUCUUUAUCAAGGAGUCCCAUGGAGACCAAGGUCUCUUAAUCAAGGAGUCCCAUGGAGACCAAGGUCUCUUUAUCAAGGAGUCCCAUGGAGACCAAGGUCUCUUUAUCAUGGAGUCCCAUGGAGACCAAGGUCUCUUUAUCAAGGAGUCCCAUGGAGACCAAGGUCUCUUUAUCAGGGAGUCCCAUGGAGACCACGGUCUCUUUAACAAGGAGUCCCAUGGAGACCAAGGUCUCUUUAUCAAGGAGUCCCAUGGAGACCAAGGUCUCUUUAACAGGGAGUCCCAUGGAGACCAAGGUCUCUUUAUCAAGGAGUCCCAUGGAGACCACGAUCUCUUUAUCAAGGAGUCCCAUGGAGACCAAGGUCUCUUUAUCAAGGAGUCCCAUGGAGACCAAGGUCUCUUUAUCAAGGAGUCCCAUUGAGACCAAGGCCUCUUUAUCAAGGAGUCCCAUGGAGACCAAGGUCUCUUUUAACAAGGAGUCCCAUGGAGACCAAGGUCUCUUUAUCAAGGAGUCCCAUGGAGACCAAGGUCUCUUUAUCAAGGAGUCCCAUGGAGACCAAGGUCUCUUUAACGGGGAGUCCCAUGGAGACCAAGGUCUCUUUAUCAAGGAGUCCCAUGGAGACCACGGUCUCUUUAUCAAGGAGUCCCAUGGAGACCAAGGUCUCUUUAUCAAGGAGUCCCAUGGAGACCAAGGUCUCUUUAUCAAGGAGUCCCAUGGAGACCAAGGUCUCUUUAUCAAGGAGUCCCAUGGAGACCAAGGUCUCUUUAUCAAGGAGUCCCAUGGAGACCAAGGUCUCUUUAUCAAGGAGUCCCAUGGAGACCAAGGUCUCUUUAUCAAGGAGUCCCAUGGAGACCAAGGUCUCUUUAUCAAGGAGUCCCAUGGAGACCAAGGUCUCUUUAUCAAGGAGUCCCAUGGAGACCAAGGUCUCUUUAUCAAGGAGUCCCAUUGAGACCACGAUCUCUUUAUCAAGGAGUCCCUUGGAGACCAAGGUCUCUUUAUCAAGGAGUCCCAUGGAGACCAAGGUCUCUUUAUCAAGGAGUCCCAUGGAGACCAAGGUCUCUUUAUCAAGGAGUCCCAUGGAGACCAAGGUCUCUUUAUCAGGGAGUCCCAUGGAGACCAAGGUCUCUUUAACAGGGAGUCCCAUGGAGACCAAGGUCUCUUUAUCAAGGAGUCCCAUGGAGACCAAGGUCUCUUUAUCAAGGAGUCCCAUGGAGACCAAGGUCUCUUUAUCAAGGAGUCCCAUUGAGACCACGAUCUCUUUAUCAAGGAGUCCCAUGGAGACCAAGGUCUCUUUAUCAAGGAGUCCCAUGGAGACCAAGGUCUCUUUAUCAAGGAGUCCCAUGGAGACCAAGGUCUCUUUAUCAAGGAGUCCCAUGGAGACCAAGGUCUCUUUAUCAAGGAGUCCCAUGGAGACCAAGGUCUCUUUAUCAGGGAGUCCCAUGGAGACCACGGUCUCUUUAACAGGGAGUCCCAUGGAGACCAAGGUCUCUUUAUCAAGGAGUCCCAUGGAGACCAAGGUCUCUUUAACAGGGAGUCCCAUGGAGACCAAGGUCUCUUUAUCAAGGAGUCCCAUGGAGACCACGAUCUCUUUAUCAAGGAGUCCCAUGGAGACCAAGGUCUCUUUAUCAAGGAGUCCCAUGGAGACCAAGGUCUCUUUAUCAGGGAGUCCCAUGGAGACCAAGGUCUCUUUAUCAAGGAGUCCCAUAGAGACCAAGGUCUCUUUAUCAAGGAGUCCCAUGGAGACCACGAUCUCUUUAUCAAGGAGUCCCAUGGAGACCACGAUCUCUUUAUGAAGGAGUCCCAUGGAGACCAAGGUCUCUUUAUCAAGGAGUCCCAUGGAGACCAAGGUCACUUUAUCAAGGAGUCCCAUGGAGACCACGAUCUCUUUUGACAGGGAGCCCUACAUGUAAACAAUUUACAAAAUACAAAAUAAUACAAAUAUACUAAAUUACAAACACUGAAGAAAAACAAUCACAUUCCUCAUCAACAUUUGGACUGCCCCAGAGGCACUUGAACACUGGGUAUGGUAACUCGUACGUCUAAAGGUUAUUAAAGAUGUUAGUUACGGUUUGAGUUUCUGUUAAAGAGCUUUAUAAAUUAAAAGAGUGCAAUUAAUUGACCUACGACACCUCAAAGAGGGCCAGCCUACACUCUGGUAAAGAAUGCAGUGAUGUGUAAUGAACCUGUCGACCUGUAAUAAAACUAAGUUGUUAUGGUAACAGACCACAGAGUCUAUCAUUGACUCUAUUAGCAGUCCCCUGUGUUAUAUUUACCAGUUCAUGUUAUGGUAACAGACCACAGAGUCUAUCAUUGACUCUAUUAGCAGUCCCCUGUGUUAUAUUUACCACUUUAAUUAUACAUUUUAUGAAAUGUCAGAUUAGCAUUUUCAAGAGCAGUUAUCAUCCAAAGCAUUUGAUUUUCAUAGAUGUGUUGACAUUAGAUUCAAUGGCAAUGUCAUUAAUAUAAUACAUUUCCUAAAAUAUUUUAGUCUUUCUUCUCUCUCUCUCUCUCUCUCUCUCUCUCUCUCUCUCUCUCUCUCUCUCUCUCUCUCUCUCUCUCUCUAUCUCUCUCUCUAUAUAUAUAUAUAUGUCUCUCUCUCUCUCUCUCCCCCCCAGACGUGCAGUCUAACCAUCAUGGAUGACAUUCAGAACCCGGCCAUUGAGGGGGCGGAGACUUUUGUAGUGUUCCUCUCCUCCCCUCAGGGGGCGGUGCUCCUCGAACCCUUCGAAGCCUCCGUGGUCAUAACUGAUACCUUGGAUCGUACGUAUACCCCUACCUACACACAGGCACGCACACACGUACACACACACACACACACACACCUGUCUUCUAGGGCAGGGUUUCCAAACUCAUAUUCAAAUAAUCAAGCUUGAUGAUGAGUUGGUUAUUUGAGUCACAGCUGUGUAGUGCUGGGGGGGGGGGGGGGGGGGGGACCGAGUUUGGGAAACCCUGUUUUAGAGCACAGUGUCAUAGAAGAAAGAGAACUCUAUCUGAAAUUGUAGUUACAUUGUACAGUACUUCCUCAAUCACAAUCCCUACUCAUUUACCAACAAUUCCCUCCUUCCAGUUCCCAGCAUGCAGUUUGAGAAGACGGCGUACAAGGUGAAGGAGAAGGAGGGUGUGCUGAACAUACCCAUCGUUAGAACGGGAGACCUGACGGUCAAGUCCUCUGUCCGCUGCUUCACACGCACCAUGUCUGCCAUGGUCAUGGACGACUUCGAGGAGAGGAGGAACGCUGACGACUCACGUAUCAUCUUCCUCAAGGGAGAGAAGGUAGGUUCUUUAUCAAGCCCACGUAGAUUCUUCACAAGUUCUUCAUGAGCAAAUCAAAUGGUGGUUAUAAUAGUUGUUAUAUCUAGCGCUUUGCCCAAUGGGAUAAAAACAUAACCUUCUGUAUAAAGCACUCCCAGACCAAUAAAGUUGGGUUUGAUGAUAUGAUGAUGAUGAUGAUGAUGAUGAUUAUGAUGGUGUUGUUGAUGUUGAUGAUGAUGAUAUUUUUGUUGAGGAUGAUGAUGAUGUUGAUGAUGAUGAUGAUGAUGGUCCAGGUAAAAAACUGCUCGGUGCACAUCAAUGACGACUCUGUGUUCGAGCCAGAGGAGGAGUUCCAGGUGCAUCUUGGGACACCGCUUGGGGACCACUGGAGCGGGGCCAUGGUGGGAGUUAGUGACAUUGUCACGGUAACCAUCACUAACGACGAGGACGGUAAGCAACACAGUCACUAGUGAAAGUCUACACACCCCUUACAGUCUUCACAUUUUUCUGCCUUAAAAUUGCUUCUUAAAAGCAUUCAACUGGAUUUUCCCUCCUAAAGAUCUACACAACCUACUCCACAUCUUCAAGGAGGAAGAAAUGUAUAGAACAUUUUCCAAAUGAAUAAAAAAACCAAAAACAGAAGAUGUCUUGAUUGCAUCUGUCUUCACACCCCAGAGUUAAUACUUGGUGGAAGCACCUUUGGUAGCCAUUACAGCUGUGAAUCUUUUUGAAUCAGAUUCUACCAACUUUGCACAACUCUUAAGGCUACAUACAGUGAUUUUGUACGUUUGCCCACUGACAAAGAAAUGAUCAGUCUAUAAUUUUAAUGGUAGGUUUAUUUGAACAGUGAGAGACAGAAUAACAACAAAAAAAUCCAGAAAAACACAUGUCAAAAAUGUUAUAAAUUGAUUUGCAUUUUAAUGAGGGAAAUAAGUAUUUGACCCCUCUGCAAAACAUGACUUAGUACUUGGUGGCAAAACCCUUGUUGGCAAGCACAGAGGUCAGACGUUUCUUGUAGUUGGCCACCAGGUUUGCACACAUCUCAGGAGGGAUAUUGUCCCACUCCUCUUUGCAGAUCUUCUCCAAGUCAUUAAGGUUUUGAGGCUGACGUUUGGCAACUCGAACCUUCAGCUCCCUCCACAGAUUUUCUAUGGGAUUAAGGUCUGGAGACUGGCUAGGCCACUCCAGGACCUUAAUAUGCUUCUUCUUGAGCCACUCCUUUGUUGCCUUGGCCGUGUGUUUUGGGUCAUUGUCAUGCUAGAAUACCCAUCCACGACCCAUUUUAAUGCCCUGGCUGAGGGAAGGAGGUUCUCACCCAAGAUUUGACGGUACAUGGCGCCGUCCAUAGUCCCUUUGAUGCGGUGAAGUUGUCCUGUCCCAUUAGCAGAAAAACACCACCAAAGCAUAAUGUUUCCACCUCCAUGUUUGACAGUGGGGAUGGUGUUCUUGGGGUCAUAGGCAGCAUUCCUCCUCCUCCAAACACGGCGAGUUGAGCUUGAUACCAAAGAGCUCGAUUUUGGUCUCAUCUAACCACAACACUUUCACCCAGUUCUCCUCUGAAUCAUUCAGAUGUUCAUUGGCAAACUUCAGACGGCCAUGUAUAUAUGUGCUUUAUUGAGCAGGGGGACCUUGCGGGCGCUGCAGGAUUUCAGUCCUUCACGGCGUAGUGUGUUACCAAUUGUUGUCUUGGUGACUAUGGUCCCAGCUGCCUUGAGAUCAUUGACAAGCUCCUCCCGUGUAGUUCUGGGCUGAUUCCUCACCGUUCUCAUGAUAAUUUCACCUCCACGAGGUGAGAUCUUGCAUGGAGCCCCAGGCCGAGGGAGAUUGACAGUUAUUUUGUGUUUCUUCCAUUUGCAAAUAAUCGCACCAACUGUUGUCACCUUCUCACCAAGCUGCUUGGCAAUGGUCUUGUAGUCCAUUCCAGCCUUGUGUAGGUCUACAAUCUUGUCCCUGACAUCCUUGGAGAGCUCUUUGGUCUUGGCCAUGGUGGAGAGUUUGGAAUCUGAUUGAUUGAGUGCUUUUGUGGACAGGUGUCUUUUAUACAGGUAACAAACUGAGAUUAGGAGCACUCCCUUUAUGAGUGUGCUCCUAAUCUCAGCUUGUUAUCUGUAUAAAAGACACCUGGGAGCCAGAAAUCUUUCUGAUUGAGAGGGGGUCAAAUACUUAUUUCCCUCAUUAAAAUGCAAAUCAAUUUAUAACAUUUUUGACAUGCGUUUUUCUGGAUUUCAUUGUUGUUAUUCUGUCUCUCACUGUUCAAAUAAACCUACCAUUAAAAUUAUAGACUGAUAAUUUCUUUGUCAGUGGGCAAACUUACAAAAUCAGCAGGGGAUCAAAUACUUUUUUCCCUUACUGUAGGUAAUCAAUAUAUUUUAUUUUCGUCUAUGUAUUAAUUAGGAACGUUGUCUAUACAUUUAUUUUCACUUCGAAAAUAUGGAGUAGGUUGUGUAGAUCGGUAGGAAAUGUAAUCCCUUUUUAGAUAUAAUUUUAAGGCAGCAACAAUGUGAAGACUGUGAGGAAUGUGCAGACCUUCACUAGCGACUGUACACAUCAGCAGAGUUGCAGUCUGAGAGGUUGAUAGUUUGAGAACACUGACUUUGUAUAGCAUGUACUACAUUGUGUAAGAUAACGGCAUUGUACGACAUUACAAACAGAAACACAGGGCAUUCUUUUACAUACAAAAAAGCACAGUCAAUGUAAAAAAAUGCAUUGCAUGUUCAAUUUCACAUUUUCAUUGUACCUUUUUGUACCUCCCCAGCCCCCACCAUAGAGUUUGAGCAGACGUCGUACCAGGUGCGGGAGCCCCCUGGUCCAGAUGGCAUCGAGGUGCUUAACAUCAAGGUGGUUAGGACAGGAGACCAGGACCGCACCUCCAAGGUCCGCUGCAGCACCAGGGACGGAUCAGCCCAGUCCGGAGUGGACUACAACCCCAAGAGCAGGGUCCUCAAAUUCACCCCUGGUCAGUAAAGACUUAUUGAGAAGGAGCAUUAUGGGUAGUGUAGUACAAGAACCUCAUAGCCAAUCACAUUCCCUUUAGUGAUUGCUCAUACUAGGUCCUGCGCAUUUGUAUUCAUCAGUUUCAGAGGGAUUUUGACAGGAAAUGUAAUAUGUUUUUACAUUAUUGAAGGUAUUUUACAUCACAUGAUACAGCAGAAGGACCAGGUCGCAGUUGUAAAUGAGAACUUGUUCUCAACUGGCUUACCUGGUUAAAUAAAGGUGAAAUAAAAUAAAAAAGGAAACAUGACUUGACUUUUUUCGAUCCUUCCAUGAAGGCAUGGACCACAUCCUGUUCAAAGUGGAGAUUCUGUCCAAUGAGGACAGGGAGUGGCACGAGUCCUUCUCAUUGGUCCUCGGUCCUGACGACCCGGUGGAGGCGGUGCUUGGAGAGAUCACCACGGCAACAGUCACCAUCCUGGACCAGGAAGCAGCAGGGAGUCUCAUUCUUCCGGCCACGCCCAUCGUAAGGAACAUUACUUAAUUAAAUCUGAAUUGUAAUGUGUUUUUAAUCAAAUUAUUAUUGUCAGAAAAAGAGCCAAGCCAAAAACUUAAAACUUUCCCUCAAAGAUUGUAGCCACAGGUACUUAUCUUCUCUGGCCUAAAGCCUACCUGGAUGCAAUGACAUAUUUCAUUUUAGACCGUUUUUUUCUGUUAUCAGUCCUGAAUUUAUAAAUUCUGAAUUGAGUCACUCCAACACCCUCCCUCCCUCUCCCAGGUGGUAUCUCUGUCAGACUAUGACAACGUGGCUGAGGUGUCUAGGGAGGGCAGUAAGAAGCAGCCGGCGCCUGGUUACCCCCUGGUGUGUGUGACGCCUUGUGACCCCCACUACCCCAAAUACUCUGUGAUGAGGGAGCGCUGCGAGGAGGCAGGCAUCAACCAGACCUCUGUUCACUUCUCCUGGGAGGUGGCUGCCCCUACAGACACCAACGGGGCCAGGUCACCCUUUGAGACCGUCACUGAUACCACACCCUAUACUGGGGUUAACCAUAUGGUGAGUAGUUGAGUAGUAGUAGCAGUAGCAGUAGCAGUAGCAGUAGCAGUAGCAGUAGCAGAAGCAGAAGAAGAAGAAGAAGAAGAAGAAGAAGAAGAAUCCAGGCUCUGUCGUAGCCGGCUGCGACCGGGAGACCCAUGGGGCAGCGCACAAUUGGCCCAGCGUCGUCCAGGAUAAGGGAGGGAAUGGCCAGCUGGGAUGUAGCUCAGUUGGUAGAGCAUGGUGUUUGCAAUGCCAGGGUUGUGGGUUCGAUUCCCACGGGGUCCAGUAUGAAAAAUAAUAAUAAUGUAUGCAUUCACUAACUCUAAGUCGCUCUGGAUAAGAGCGUCUGCUAAAUGACUAAAAUGUAAAUGUAUAGUAGCAGCAGUGGUAGUAGUGGACCGUCUCUGAUACCAAACCGUAUACUGGUUGGUGUAAACCAUAUGGUGAGUUCCGGUGAAGUGGUACACUCUUAGAAAAAAGGGUUCCAAAACUGUUCUUUGCGAAGGGAUAAGGUCCUACCAAGAACCGUUUUGAUCUGAAGAACCAUUUUUGGAAGACGAGGGUUCUUUGUAACGCAAAGGAUUCUGCCUAGAAGCUUUGACAUCCUAAGAACCGUUUUUGUACAAAAGGUAGAGAGCCCUGCUGAAUCUGAAUAAGCUUUUUUUUAUUGUAAUAUCUUUCCUUUCUUUUAAAUAGUGUCUGGGCAUUAGUGUUUACCUCAAUGUUUGAACUUUACCAUCAGGAGUUUGAGUAAUAUGAUACGUUUUAAAAGAUAAGUGUGAUAAUGUUUUAAAAUGUACCUAUAUGGGAAUAUUGAUGCAUGUAUCUGGUAUUCCCGUAAUAAUUGUACAUAUACAGGACUGACAUAGUUGAUAUCUUUGCCAUGAUUUCUGUCUUUCAAAUGCAUAUUUUCAGUGAUUGUAUUGAGAAGAGAGAAUGAGAAUAGUAUGGAGUAUGACUGAACCAGCAGUGUAGUGAAUGUUACACCACAAAUUGGCCAGUUUUACCUAGAUUUUUCAGUGUAACAUUUCUAGUGUUGAUUCAGUAGUUCAAUUAACUCAACACUCAGUGGUGUAAAAUAACCCCAGUGUUGGUGUUAAUAACCAGAGUUGAGUUUGAUUGUGUCAUUUUUUACUCUGUGUAAAGUAUAACACUCAAAACUACACCCAUCAUUAUCAUAUUUCCCAGCAUGCUCUAUUGCAGGUUGAUUUUCAGAAUUAUUUGUUUUAAUAACUAGGCCCUCAAACAAUGGCCUAAAGAUAUACACUACCGUUCAAAAGUUUGGGGUCACUUCCUUGUUUUUUGAAUAAAAUCAUUUUUUUGGACCAUUAAAAUAACAUCAAAUUGAUCAGAAAUACAGUGUAGACAUUGUUAAUGCCAAGAAACUGAAGAUCUCGUACAACGCUGUGUACUUCUCCCUUCACAGAACAGCACAAACUGGCUCUAACCAGAAUAGAAAGAGGAGUGGGAGGCCCCGGUGCACAACUGAGCAAGAGGACAAAUACAUUAGAGUGUCUAGUUUGAGAAACAGACGCCUCACAGGUCCUCAACUGGCAGCUUCAUUAAAUAGUACACGCAAAACACCAGUCUCAACGUCAACAGUGAAGAGGCGACUCCGGGAUGCAAAGAAAAAGACAUAUCUCAUACUGGCCAAUAAAAAGAAAAGAUGGGCAAGAGAACACAGACACUGGACAGAGGAAGAUUGGAAAAAAGUGUUAUGGACAGACAAAUCAAAGUUUGAGGUGUUCGGAAGACAAAGAAGAACAUUUGUGAGACGCAGACCAAAUGAAAAGAUGUUGGAGGAGUGCUUGAUGCCAUAUGUCAAGCAUGGUGGAGGCAAUGUGAUGGUCUGGGGGUGCUUUGGUGGUGGUAAAGUGGGAGAUUUGUACAGGGUAAAAGGGAUCUUGAAGAAGGAAGGCUAUCACUCCAUUUUGCAACGCCAUGCCAUACCCUGUGGACGGCGCUUGAUUGGAGCCAAUUUCCUCCUACAACAGGACAAUGACCCAAAGCACAGCUCCAAACCAAGCAAGAACUAUUUAGGGAAGAAGCAGUCAGGUGGUAUUCUGUCUAUAAUGGAGUGGCCAGCACAGUCACCGGAUCUCAACCCUAUUGAGCUGUUGUUGGAGCAGCUUGACCGUAAGAAGUGCCCAUCAAGCCAAUCCAAUUUAUGGGAGGUGCUUCAGGAAGCAUGGGGUGAAAUCUUUUCAGAUUACCUCAACAAAUUGACAACUAGAAUGCCAAAGGUCUGCACGGCUGUAAUUGCUGCAAAUGGAGGAUUCUUGGACGAAAGGACACAAUUAUUAUUUAUAUUAAAAAUCAUUAUUUCUAACCUUGUCAAUGACUACAUUUCCUAUGCAUUUUGCUAUAUUUCCUUUUCAUACUCAUUUCAUGUAUGUUUUCAUGGAAAACAAGGCAAUUUCUAAGUGACCCCAAACUUUUGAACGGUAGUGUAGGUGUUCCUUUCUUCCAGGUGGGAAAGGGCAGUGUGGAGUGCAAUUGAAAUUGCGUCAUCUGUGGUUCUGUUGGGGCGGUAUGCCAAUUGGAGUGGGUCUAGGGUUUCUGGGAUGAUGGUGUUGAUGUGAGCCAUGACCAUCCUUUCAAAGCACUUCAUGGCUACCGACAUGAGUGCUACGGGGCGGUAGUCAUUUAGGCAGGUUACCUUCGCUUUCUUGGGCACAGGGACUAUGGUGGUUUGCUUGAAACAUGUAGGUAUUACAGACUCAGUCAGAGAGAGGAUGAAAAUGUCAGUGAAGACACUUGCCAGUUGGUUCGCACAUGCUUUGAGUACACGUCCUGGUAAUCCGUCUGGCCCCGCGGCCUUGUGAAUGUUGACCUGUUUAAAGGUCUUGCUCACAUCUGCUACGGAGAGCGUGAUCACACAGUCGUCCGGAACAGCUGGUGCUCUCAUGCAUGCUUCAGUGUUGCUUGCCUUGAAGCGAGCAUAAAAGGUACACUUAAAUCAGUGUAGUCGAAAGGGAGGAGACAAGUUAAAAAAUGAUUUUUAAGCCUUAAGACAAUUGAGACAUGGAUUGUGUAUGUGUGCCAUUCAGAGGGUGAAUGGGAAAGACACAAUAUUUAAAUGCCUUUGAAUGGGGUAUGGUCGUAGGUGCCAGGCACGCUGGUUUGUGUCAAGAACUGCAACAAUGCUGGGUUUUUCACACUCAACAGUUUACUGUGUGAAUCAAGAAUGGUCCACCACCCAAAGGACAUCCAGGCAACUUGACACAACUGUGGGAAGCAUUGGUUCUACCUAGCACCAAAAAGGGUUCCCGUAUGGGGACAAACCGAAGAACCCUAUAUGGUUCUACUUAGCACCUUUUUUUCUAAGAGUGUAGAAUUUAGGAGCAGUGAUAUGUAGGAGAAGGUUCUGGUAUAGUCUGUGUGUUUGUGUUGUCUGAGUGCGUGCGUUCACGUAACUGAAUUUCUUCAGCCAGUGCACUGAUUUAUUGAUUGAUUGACUGAUUAAUUGACUGACUGACUGACUGACUGACUGAUUGAUUAACUGAUUGAUUGACUGACUGAUUGACUGAUUGAUUGACUGAUUGAUUGACUGAUUGAUUGACUGUAUUUUCUCCACAGGUCCUGGACAGUAUCUAUUUCUCUCGGAGGUUCCAUGUGCGCUGUGUGGCCCAGGCCCGCGACAAGUCCGGCCAUCUUGGAACACCGCUGAGGAGUAACAUAGCAACCAUCGGCACUGAAGGUUCCAUAUGCCACACCCCUGUUACCACGGGAACAGCGCGAGGGUUCCAGGCCCAGUCGUUCAUCGCCACUCUAAAGUACCUGGAUGUCAAACACAAGGAGCACCCCAACCGGUGAGCAGGAAGGCAUUCACACACACAAACACACACACAAAAAGCAGGUGUGCAAACACACAAACACACAGUCAUGCAGCCAAACAAACUCUAACACAAGGAGCUACCCAACCGAUGAGCUCAACAUCCACACAUACAUAUCUCCAAAUGGUCUAUAUUAAUACUAGAACAUCUCCAUAUGGUCUAUAUUAAUAUUACAACACCUCCAUAUGGUCUACAAUAGUAGAACACCUCCAUAUGGUCUAUAUUAAUAGUAGAACACCUCCAUAUGGUCUAUAUUAAUAGUAGAACACCUCCAUAUGGUCUAUAAUAGUAGAACACCUCCAUGUGGUCUAUAUUAAUAGUAGAACACCUCCAUAUGGUCUAUAUUAAUAGUAGAACAUCUCCAUAUGGUCUAUAAUAGUAGAACACCUCCAUAUGGUCUAUAUUAAUAGUAGAACAUCUCCAUAUGGUCUAUAUUAAUAGUAGAACACCUCCAUAUGGUCUAUAUUAAUAGUAGAACAUCUCCAUAUGGUCUAUAUUAAUAGUAGAACAUCUCCAUAUGGUCUAUAAUAGUAGAACAUCUCCAUAUGGUCUAUAUUAAUACUAGAACACCUCCAUAUGGUCUAUAAUAGUAGUAGAACAUCUCCAUAUGGUCUAUAUUAAUAGUAGAACAUCUCCAUAUGGUCUAUAAUAGUAGAACACCUCCAUAUGGUCUAUAUUAAUAGUAGAACAUCUCCAUAUGGUCUAUAUUAAUAGUAGAACACCUCCAUAUGGUCUAUAUUAAUAGUAGAACACCUCCAUAUGGUCUAUAAUAAUAGUAGAACACCUCCAUAUGGUCUAUAUUAAUAGUAGAACACCUCCAUAUGGUCUAUAUUAAUAGUAAAACAUCUCCAUAUGGUCUAUAUUAAUAGUAGAACUUCUCCAUAUGGUCUAUAUUAGUUCUAUAACACUAACCUUGUGUUGUCUUCUUUUUCUUCUGCAGUAUCCACAUCUCGGUGCAGAUCCCCCAUCAGGAUGGUAUGCUGCCCCUAGUGUCCACCAUGCCCCUCCACAACCUGCACUUCCUGCUGUCAGAGUCCAUCUACAGACAGCAGCACAUCUGUUCGAACCUGGUCACUCUCAAAGACCUGCAGGGGGUCUCCGGUAAGGACACACACACGCUUGAUCACACACACGUGCUUGAACGUGCUCACGCAUGCACACACACAGCCACUCAUCCUUGUAAAAUGCACUUAUGCUUCAACACACACACACACACACAUACUUGCACCAAAUAACAUAAAUCCUCCCUUUAACAAAGUGUGUUGGAUGUGUCUUCCCCUCCCUGUGUGUGAUUCAGAGACGGGUUUCCUGGAUGAUGUCCAGUACGACAGUAUCUCUCUGGGUCCGGGUUAUGACAGACCCUACCAGUUCAACCCCAGUGUCAGAGAGGCUAAGAGCAUCCAGCUGUACAAACACCUCAACCUGAAGAGCUGUAUCUGGACCUUCGAUGCCUACUACGACAUGACGGAGCUCAUAGACGUCUGUGGAGGCUCCGUCACUGCCGACUUCCAGGUACUCUACAAUACGCCCUGUAGUGGCACAUAGAGGGUCAGGGGUCACAUAGAGGGUCAGGGGUCACAUAGAGGGUUAGGGGUCACAUAGAGGGUUAGGGGUCACAUAGAGGGUUAGGGGUCACAUAGAGGGUUAGGGGUCACAUAGAGGGUUAAGGGUCACAUAGAGGAUCAGGGGUCACAUAGAGGGUUAGGGGUCACAUAGAGGGUUAGGGGUCACAUAGAGGGUCAGGGGUCACAUAGAGGGUUAGGGGUCACAUAGAGGGUUAGGGGUCACAUAGAGGGUUAGGGGUCACAUAGAGGGCUAGGUGUCACAUAGAGGGUUAGGGGUCACAUAGAGGGUUAGGGGUCACAUAGAGGGUUAGGGGUCACAUAGAGGGUUAGGGGUCACAUAGAGGGUUAGGGGUCACAUAGAGGGUUAGGGGUCACAUAGAGGGCUAGGGGUCACAUAGAGGGUUAGGGGUCACAUAGAGGGCUAGGGGUCACAUAGAGGGUUAGGGGUCACAUAGAGGGUUAGGGGUCACAUAGAGGGCUAGGGGUCACAUAGAGGGUUAGGGGUCACAUAGCGGGUUAGGGGUCACAUAGAGGGUUAGGGGUCACAUAGAGGGUUAGGGGUCACAUAGAGGGUUAGGGGUGACACUGUACUCUAGUGUUUAUCAUGCUCUGAAUUCACUCCUGUUUCCAUUUCUGGCACAUUACUAGAGGACAUAAUAUUCUCUCAGAUAUUCCUUUACACACAGUAAAACAGCAUGAUUGGAGUCCACAGUGCUAUUGUGUCCACAUUGGCUAGUCAGUUUGAUUUGCAUUGACUUUUGUUUCCCAGUCAUGUGAGCACACAGGCAGUAGAAGCCUUGAAUGCUCAGAUAGAGUUUGCAUGUGACUCAUCCCAACCAGAGUAUGCAAAACAGUCUAGGACAGACUACAGCUGUUGCUACUCUAUGUCACCUUAGAUCAGGGUUCUUCAAUUCUGGUCCUGGAGGGCCGAAACACCUCUGUUUUUCAUCCUCUCCUUCUAAUCAGGGGCUAAUUCAGACCUGGGACACCAGGUGAGUGCAAUUAACUACCAGGUAGAAAUAAAAAACAGAAGUGUUACGGCCCUCCAGGACCGGAAUUGAAGAACCUUGCCUUAGAUCAUGCCAUGCCAUGUUCAGUAGCAUUACGUCAUGUCCUGUAAUGUAACGUCACCUUAUGUCAUGUCUUAUGUAUGUCCCCACCCCCAGGUGCGUGACUCAGUUGUUCCUGGUGGAGUAGUGUUAUUUCCUGUCACUUUAUCUUAUGUCAUGUGCUUUGUCCCCCCCCAAGGUGCGUGACUCGGCCCAGUCGUUCCUGACGGUGCAGGUUCCUCUCUAUGUGUCCUAUAUCUACGUUACAGCUCCCAGGGGCUGGGCCUCUCUGGAACACCACACUGAAAUGCAGUUCUCGUUCUUCUAUGAUACCGUGCUCUGGAGGACAGGUGGGUGUGUGUGUGUGUGGUUAGGGUUACACAUCUGUGUAACUCCAUUUAACUGUUAUGUUUCCUGUGUAACUCCAUUUAACUGUUAUGUUUCCUGUGUAACUCCAUUUAACUGUUAUGUUUCCUGUGUAACUCCAUUUAACUGUUAUGUUUCCUGUGUAACUCCAUUUAACUGUUAUGUUUCCUGUGUAACUUCAUUUAACUGUUAUGUUUCUGUGUAACUCCAUUUAACUGUUAUGUUUCUGUGUAACUCCAUUUAACUGUUAUGUUUCUGUGUAACUCCAUUUAACUGUUAUGUUUCCUGUGUAACUCCAUUUAACUGUUAUGUUUCCUGUGUAACUCCAUUUAACUGUUAUGUUUCCUGUGUAACUUCGUUUAACUGUUAUGUUCCUGUGUCCACUAGGCAUCCAGACAGACAGCGUUCUGUCAGCCAGACUCCAGAUCAUCAGGAUCUACAUAAGAGAAGAUGGCCGUCUGGUAAUCGAGUUCAAAACCCACGCCAAGUUCAGGGGCCAGUUUGUCCCCGAGCACCACACCCUGCCUGGGCACAAGUCCCACCUGAUGGCCCCAGACCACCUGGGGGGGAUAGAGUUUGACAUGCAGCUGAUCUGGAGCGCCCAGUCCUUUGAUUCUCCCUACCAGCUCUGGAAGGCCACCUCCUCUUACAGCAGGUCAGUACACAGACAUACUGUUAUAUACAGUUGUAGAUAGAUAUUAAUAGAUAUACCCAGUCCUUUGACUCUCCCUGCCACCUCCACUUACUUAGCUUCUAUGUGGUAAAUGGCACGUGUGUAUAUAGAUUAUGUAUAGGCUUGUCUCCCAUAUGAAUCUUCUCUUUGUGCCAGACUUGGUUCAAAUGCCUUCUGUUUAUUUUUUUCUGUAUUUAUUUAUCUGUAUAUGUUAUGUAUGUACAGUGAGGGAAAAAAGUAUUUGAUCCCCUGCUGAUUUUGUACAUUUGCCCACUGACAAAGAAAUGAUCAGUCUAUAAUUUUAAUGGUAGGUUUAUUUGAACAGUGAGAGACAGAAUAACAACAAAAAAAUCCAGAAAAACACGUCAAAAAUGUUAUAAAUUGAUUUGCAUUUUAAUGAGGGAAAUAAGUAUUUGACCCCCUCUCAAUCAGAAAGAUUUCUGGCUCCCAGGUGUCUUUUAUACAGGUAACGAGCUGAGAUUAGGAGCACACUCUUAAAGGGAGUGCUCCUAAUCUCAGUUUGUUACCUGUAUAAAAGACGCCUGUCCACAGAAGGAAUCAAUCAAUCAGACUCCAAACUCUCCACCAUCGCCAAGACCAAAGAGCUUUCCAAGGAUGUCAGUGACAAGAUUGUAGACCUACACAAGGCUGGAAUGGGCUAUAAAACCAUCGCCAAGCAGCUUGGUGAGAAGGUGACAACAGUUGGUGCGAUUAUUCGCAAAUGGAAGAAACCCAAAAGAACUGUCAAUCUCCCUCGGCCUGGGGCUCCAUGCAAGACCUCACCUCGUGGAGUUGCAAUGAUCAUGAGAAUGGUGAGGAAUCAGCCCAGAACUACACGGGAGGAUCUUGUCAAUGAUCUCAAGGCAGCUGGGACCAUAGUCACCAAGAAAACAAUUGGUAACAUACUAAAAAAAUUAAUCCUGCAGCGCCCGCAAGGUCCCCCUGCUCAAGAAAGAACAUAUACAGGCCCGUCUGAAGUUUGCCAAUGAACAUCUGAAUGAUUCAGAGGAGAACUGGGUGAAAGUGUUGUGGUCAGAUGAGACCAAAAUGGAGCUCUUUGGCAUCAACUCAAAGAGCUCUGCCUAUGACCCCAAGAACACCAUCCCCACCGUCAAACAUGGAGGUGGAAACAUUAUGUGUGUGUUUUUCUGCUAAGGGGACAGGACAACUUCACCGCAUCAAAGGGACGAUGGACGGGGCCAUGUACCGUCAAAUCUUGGGUGAGAACCUCCUUUCCUCAGCCAGGGCAUUGAAAAUGGGUUGUGGAUGGGUAUUCCAGCAUGACAAUGACCCAAAACACACGGCCAAGGCAACAAAGGAGUGGCUCAAGAAGAAGCACAUUAAGGUCCUGGAGUGGCCUAGCCAGUCUCCAGACCUUAAUCCCAUAGAAAAUCUGUGGAGGGAGCUGAAGGUUCGAGUUGCCAAACGUCAGGCUCGAAACCUUAAUGACUUGGAGAAGAUCUGCAAAGAGGAGUGGAACAAAAUCCCUCCUGAGACGUGUGCAAACCUGGUGGCCAACUACAAGAAACGUCUGACCUCUGUGAUUGCCAACAAGGGUUUUUCCAUCAAGUACUAGGGCGGCAGGUGGGUUUGUGCCCAUAGGCGACGUUGUUGCCGGUGAUGUCUGGUGAGGACCUGCCUUACAACAGGCCUACAAGCCCUCGGUUCAGCCUCUCUCAGCCUUUUUGCGGACAGUCUGAGCACUGCGGGAGGGAUUGUGCGUUCCUGGUGUAACUCGGGCAGUUGUUGUUGCCGUCCUGUACCUGUCCCGCAGGUGUGAUGUUCGGCUGUACCGAUCCUGUGCAGGUGUUGUUACACGUGAUCUGCCACUGCGAGGACGAUCAGCUGUCCUUCCUGUCUCCCUGUAGCGCUGUCUUAGGCAUCUCACAGUACGGACAUUGCAAUUUAUUGCCCUGGCCACAUCUGCAGUCCUCAUGCCUCCUUGCAGCAUGCCUAAGGCACACGCAGAUGAGCAGGGACCCUGGGCAUCUUUCUUUUGGUGUUUAUCAGAGUCAGUAGAAAGGCCUCUUUAGUGUCCUAAGUUUUCAUAACUGUGACCUUAAUUGCCUACCAUCUGUAAGCUGAUAGUGUCUUAACGACCGUUCCACAGGUGCAUGUUCAUUCAUUAUUUAUGGUUAAUUGAACAAGCAUGGGAAACAGUGUUUAAACCCUUUACAAUGAAGAUCUGUGAAGUUAUUUUGAUUUUUAUGAAUUAUCUUUGAAAGACAGGGUCCUGAAAAGGGGACGUUUUUUUUUUUUACUGAGUUCAUGUAUAUUAUUUUACUUCUCUAGGGAGAUAAUUAUUAUUUGGAUAACCUUAUUUACUAUUAUAUAUUGAUUUUUACCUUACUUUUUUUCACUCUUUAUGCGAUGCGCAAUGCAGCAAACACUGGAAGAAAAAUUAUAAUGAUCAUUUAAUUACCACAGUGAAUUGAUGUAAUGUUUGUUUAUGUGUCAAUUAAUCCCAUAAGGGAUGGGCUGCCAAUUGGCGAUUUGACACGAAAAUAAAAUGUCAUUCAGUCAUUCAUUCAUUCAUUCAUACAGCAGGUCAGUACACCGACAUACUGUUAUAUAGAGUUAUAGAUAUAUAUUAAUAGAUAUACCCAGUGACUCUCCCUACCAGCUCUGGAGGGCCACCUCUUACAGCAGGUUACUUGGUGUGUAGGCUUUUGUUCCAACCUGUGUUUUCUGCAUGCCACAAAACGGUGUUAGCCUGCUGAGCUAAGCUAAAGCCUAGGCAUUAGCCGGGGGACACAAUGUAAGUCGUCAGGUCUCAGGCAAGGUUGAAUCAUCAUGCAAAUGAGGUUCAGAAGCGUCUCUGUUAGAGGAGCUUUACAUAAUGUGUGUGCUUGUUGUGUUCCAGGAAAGACUACUCCGGGGAGUACACAGUGUUUCUGAUCCCCUGUACCGUGCAGCCAACCCAACCAUGGACCGACCCUGGAGACAAGCCUCUGUCCUGCACAGCCCACGCCCCAGAGAAGUAUGUCCCUCCACAGCCUCCAUACACUACUUAGUGAGGGCCCCAGAGAAGUAUGUCCCUCCACAGCCACCAUACACUACUUAGUGAGGGCCCCAGAGAAGUAUGUCCCUCCACAGCCACCAUACACUACUUAGUGAGGGCCCCAGAGAAGUAUGUCCCUCCACAGCCUCCAUACACUACUUAGUGAGGGCCCCAGAGAAGUAUGUCCCUCCACAGCCACCAUACACUACUUAGUGAGGGCCAAAUAGAAGUAUGUCCCUCCACAGCCACCAUACACUACUUAGUGAGGGCCAAAUAGAAGUAUGUCCCUCCACAGCCACCAUACACUACUUAGUGAGAGCCCCAGAGAAGUAUGUCCCUCCACAGCCACCAUACACUACUUAGUGAGAGCCCCAGAGAAGUAUAUCCCUCCACAGCCACCAUACACUACUUAGUGAGGGCCAAAUAGAAGUAUGUCCCUCCACAGCCACCAUACACUACUUAGUGAGGGCCAAAUAGAAGUAUGUCCCUCCACAGCCACCAUACACUACUUAGUGAGGGCCAUACACUGUUACCAUGCUCCUAUCUAGACACUGUUACCAUGCUCCUAUCUAGACACUGUUACCAUGCUCCUAUCUAGACACUCUUGCCAUGCUCCUAUCUAGACACUGUUACCAUGCUCCUAUCUAGACACUGUUGCCAUGCUCCUAUCUAGACACUGUUACCAUGCUCCUAUCUAGACACUGUUGCCAUGCUCCUAUCUAGACACUGUUACCAUGCUCCUAUCUAGACACUGUUGCCAUGCUCCUAUCUAGACACUGUUACCAUGCUCCUAUCUAGACACUGUUACCAUGCUCCUAUCUAUCUACGUUGUGGUGUCCCUCAAGGCUCCACCCUAGGACCCUGCUUCAUAUGGCCAUGCUCUACGUAUACGGUAACAACCUGACAUUAUGUCGUCUCUCCCAGGUUCCAACUACCUAUAGCCUUCCAGCAGACCAACCGACCGGUGCCUGUCGUCUACAGCCUCAACACAGAGUUCCAGCUGUGCAACAAUGAGAAGGUGUUCAUAAUGGACCCUGCCGUCGCUGACAUGUCCAUGGCUGAGAUGGACUACAAGGGAGCCUUCUCUAUGGGUACAAUGACUGUUCCACACACGAGCCACAGGGCAGACUCAAAUGAAGUCAUCAGGGGAGAACGGGGAUAGUUGAGCUAUUAUUAUUUAUUUUUAUUACCCAUUAUCUGCAUAACCAAAGACAAAAUCUUCCCCUACAGGCCAGACGCUGUAUGGCAGGGUGCUGUGUAUUACAGUAAUGUCUCUCUGCUGCCCCUACAGGCCAGACGCUGUAUGGCAGGGUGCUGUGUAUUACAGUAAUGUCUCUCUGCUGCCCCUACAGGCCAGACGCUGUAUGGCAGGGUGUUGUGUAUUACAGUAAUGUCUCUCUGCUGCCCCUACAGGCCAGACACUGUAUGGCAGGGUCUUGUGUAUUACAGUAAUGUCUCUCUGCUGCCCCUACAGGCCAGACGCUGUAUGGCAGGGUGCUGUGUAUUACAGUAAUGUCUCUCUGCUGCCCCUACAGGCCAGACGCUGUAUGGCAGGGUGCUGUGUAUUACAGUAAUGUCUCUCUGCUGCCCCUACAGGCCAGACGCUGUAUGGCAGGGUGCUGUGUAUUACAGUAAUGUCUCUCUGCUGCCCCUACAGGCCAGACGCUGUAUGGCAGGGUGUUGUGUAUUACAGUAAUGUCUCUCUGCUGCCCCUACAGGCCAGACUCUGUAUGGCAGGGUGUUGUGUAUUACAGUAAUGUCUCUCUGCUGCCCCUACAGGCCAGACGCUGUAUGGCAGGGUGCUGUGUAUUACAGUAAUGUCUCUCUGCUGCCCCUACAGGCCAGACGCUGUAUGGCAGGGUGCUGUGUAUUACAGUAAUGUAUCUCUGCUGCCCCUACAGGCCAGACGCUGCAUGGCAGGGUGCUGUGUAUUACAGUAAUGUCUCUCUGCUGCCCCUACAGGCCAGACGCUGUAUGGCAGGGUGCUGUGUAUUACAGUAAUGUCUCUCUGCUGCCCCUACAGGCCAGACGCUGUAUGGCAGGGUGCUGUGUAUUACAGUAAUGUCUCUCUGCUGCCCCUACAGGCCAGACGCUGUAUGGCAGGGUGCUGUGUAUUACAGUAAUGUCUCUCUACUGUAUGGCAGGGUGCUGUGUAUUACAGUAAUGUCUCUCUGCUGCCCCUACAGGCCAGACACUGUAUGGCAGGGUGUUGUGUAUUACAGUAAUGUCUCUCUGCUGCCCCUACAGGCCAGAGCUGUAUGGCAGGGUGUUGUGUAUUACAGUAAUGUCUCUCUGCUGCCCCUACAGCCCAGACACUGUAUGACAGGAUGCUGUGUAUUACAGUAAUGUCUCUCUGCUGUACGACAGUGUGCUGUGAAUUACAGUAAUUUCUCUCUGCUGCCCCUACAGGCCAGACACUGUAUGGCAGGGUGCUGUGGAACCCGGAGCAGAACCUGAACGCAGCCUACAAGCUGCAGCUGGAGAAGGUGUACCUGUGCACAGGACGGGAUGGAUACGUGCCCUUCUUCGACCCCACAGGGACUCUGUACAACGAGGGCCCUCAGUACGGCUGCAUCCAGCCCAACAAACACCUCAAACACAGGUUCCUGAUCCUGGUAUGGAUAUCCAUAGAGAUGGAAAAAGGGCAUGCGUCCUAUGUUUGCUAUGUCUGCCAUGGUGCUGCCCAUGCUAAUACAAGUUUUGUGGCAAUUGUGCCCUCUAUCCAUCUCUAUGAUGGCAUAUUUUCUAUUCAACUCCCAUGUUCCUCUUAUAGUGGUUGGAUAUAUUGGUGAUGUUCCAGGUCAUCUUUUUCACAGUCACACUGCACAGCUCAGAAGAUUUCCAUGUCAUAUUAAUGUGCUUCCCUGAGAUGCUAAAAACACUUAUGAUCUGUGCAGUGUGACUGCAAUUUUGACAACCUGGAACGCAGCCAGUGCCACUGCUUGCAGAAUCCAUAUAUUCCUUUUAGCAGACACUUUUAUCCAAACCGACUUGUAUUACAGAGUGCAUACUGUACAUCAUUUGUAAAUGUGAUCCCUGCGGGAGUUGAACCCACAACCUAGGUGUUGCUUGCGCCAUGCUUUUACCAACUGAGUCACAUCAUUGACUGUGAGGUAGUGACAGUACCCUUUUGGUUUGUCUGUGGUAUGUCACCCAACGUAACAGCCACCCCAUGUGACCUGAUAGACUGGUUUGGUCAAGUCUCUCAGGGCAAAGUCAUGGAUUUUAAGAGAUUUUAAGACUGUGAGCUAUUCAAAUAGGAGGAAUCUUAUUGGUGUACAAAUCACUGCUCUGGUAUUGUAUUGUUGGAUCAUAUUUAUGCUAUUGUUUACAAUAAUGGUUGUAUGGCAGGCUAUUGUCACGAAUGCUGGAAACUACACAUUUUACUGAAACUACAACUGAAAGUACAACUGAAAGUUCAACCUUUAUUUAAGCAAUAGGGCCUGAGGGGGUGUGGUAUCUGGCCAAUAUACCACGGCUAAGGGCUGUUCUUAUGUAUGACGCAACGCAGAGUGCCUGGACACAGCCCUUAGCCAUGGUAUAUUGGCCAUAUACCACAAACCACCGAGGUGCCUUAUUGCUAUUACAAACUGGUUACCAACGUAAUUAGAGUAGUAUAAAUACAUGUUUUGUCAUACGUGUGGUAUACGGUCUGAUAUACCACGGCUGUCAGCCAAUCAGCAUUCAGGGCUCGAACCACCCAGUUUAUAAUGAGAUUUAAACAACAAUUGUACUAAUGUGCUAAUGUACUUUCCACAUCUACAUCUAUAGCCCACAUCCAGCAGUUAGCUAGCCUUGUUAGCAUGUAUGCUAGUGUUUUGAUUUGAUAGGGUCCGGAUAAGUUGAAAUAACGGUGUUGUAACGUCUCUCCUUUAGGAUCGGAAGCAGCCUGAUGUCUGUGAUAGGUACUUCCAUGACGUUCCCUUCGAGGCUAACUUUGCAUCGGAUAUAACCGAACUACAGACCAUGACAGCCAUGCCUGGUGUUGAUGGGUUCACCAUGAAAGUUGAUGCCCUGUACAAGGUCAGUGAAGACAAAGACUUAUCCACUUAACUGUAAUGAUUUAUUAAUGAUAAUGUACUGCUUAUGAAUGCAUUAUGUAUGAGUUCUAAAUCUGUUAUGAAGGCCUUAUGUAGGUACCCUUCAAAAAUGUCUUCUUCAGGUUUGAGGGUAACUCUCAGAGAAAUAAAACGAUUUAUCUGAUUUAUCUCCAUGGUAACGCUCUCUCUCUCUCUUUUGAUUGACAGGUGGAGGCGGGGCAUCAGUGGUACCUGCAGGUGAUCUACGUGAUUGGUCCAGAGUCCAUCUCCGGCCCCAGGAUCCAGCGCUCUCUGACCUAUCAGCUCACCCACAGCAGCGGCGGGGGGCGGGCUCGCCGGGACCUGGUUGACCGCAGCGGACGCCUCACUCUAGACGAGUCUCUGAUCUAUGACAACGAAGGCGACCAGACGAAGAACGGAACCAACAUGAAGACUCUCCGCCUCGAGGUCUCCGCUGCCUCAACCUUUAACCCCCAGAUGGGUGGGUCGGUGGGCGGGGGCGUGGCUGCGCUAACCCUAUUGGUCCUCGUCCUGCUGGCUUCCUGUUUACUCUUUAGGAAGUGCCGACAGUCGGCUGGGAAGAAGCCGUCCCAGAUGGCGGAGGAGUACCCUCUGAACACCAAAGUAGAGGUGUGUUUGGAGAAGACCCUGGAGAAGAACUUCAGCUCCAAACACUGCACCGUCAGGAACAUCAACAUCAACCGUAACUACGACAACGUCAACUCCAAGGUCAACAGAGGGGCAAAGGUCAACGGAGGGGCGAAAUUCAAGCAGGUCAACCUGGAGGUCAAGCUCCACAACAACCUCCACAACGACGGCACCGAGGUCUGA